AUGCCCCGAGCACUAUCACUUAUCAAUCAUGACACCAAGAUUCUAGCCAAAAUCUUAGCAGACAGACUAAAUCCCUUCCUAACCACCCUGGUCUCCACAUACCGGGUUGGAUUCAUCCCUGGAAGGCAACUCUUCGAGAACACUCGUAGAAACAUCGAUCUUAUUUGGAGACAGUACUAAAACACUUAGUCUGUACUAAAACACCCACUCUAGCAGUCUCUUUGGAUGCAGAAAAAGCAUCCGAUAGAGUCAAAUGGCCCUCCCUUUUUAGCCUUCUAACAUUUUUAGGAUUCCCGAAUACAUACAUAAUGGCAAUCAAAGCCAUGUAUUAUAAUGUGACGGACAAGUGAAAAUAACGGGGAUGAGACCACAGCCCUUUAGGCUAGGCAAUGGGACUAGGUAGGGAUGCCCGUUAUCCCCGCUUCUUUUUGUUUUGUCUCUAGAGCCCCUACUGCAAUCUGGAACCACCCUCAGAUACAGGGUAGAUAGAGGUAGGGGGCCAGGAAUUUUUGGUUUCCACAUAUGUGGAUGACGUACUCCUGACAGUAACGAAUACGACACAUCCAUGACAGCACUGACUGAAGUACUAACUAAAUACGGCUAACAUGGAGAAAGCACGACAUUCCAGAUAGGAAUGUCUGCGCAGGACACGGCAUCCAUACAUUCGGCACACAACAUCCAAAUAGCAAGCAGCGCCUUAAAAUAUCUAUGGGUGCACCUAACAGAGGACCUAUCCAAAUUAUAUGAAGUAAACUACUCCCCUCUCCUGAGAACCCUAAUGCGAGAGAUGGAUAAUUGGUGUGAUAAACUCAUUUCCUGGAUAGGCCGCAUCCAGCCUGUUAAAAUGAAUAUCCUACCGUGCAUCUUAUUCCUGUUCUAGGCCCUCCGAAUACCUGUAACUAAAUCGAACCUAGCACCACUGCAAAUGGCCAUCAGCUCUUUUAUAUGGCAAAAUAAACGUCCAAAGAUAUCGUGAAACGUCCUUUUCCACCCUAAAUCGAGGUGGCCUGGGAUAGCAACACCUGUACUAUUAUAUCGUAUCCCAACUCGCCCAAAUAGCAAUGUGUCGCGUGACACUAAAAGUAAGGAAAUGGGUUGACCUUGAGUCUUUGCUGACAGAGACUGAUGUUAAGAAUGGCAUGCCCAGCAAUAUUAAACUGGAUCAGAAUCCGGGCUAAUGCAGCUACGAAAUAUAAACUAGCUUCCUCCCCCUCACCACUCACACCAUUAUGGAGAAAUAAGACGUUCCCUCCAGGUAUGGCAGCAAGGAACUUUCAAAACCUGGAGAGAGAAGGCUAACAGAGAAUAUGCCAUGUGUUUGAGGAUCGGAAAAUUAUAGAAUUCGAACACCUAAAACAAAAAGCCCACCUCACAACAACCAACUUCUUUCGCUAUCUGCAACUAAAAGAUUUCGCGAGCCAGGCACAUAUGAGAAAAUAGGCCCACAAAAAAAUGUCUUUCUUUGAGAGGAUGUGUCUGAGUGAGUCAGUCGAACUUAAUAACCAUACUAUAUGCCCAUCUAAGCUCUGAAACGAGCGAAUGGGGGUCUUUAUCGUAUACGGAACAGUGGGAAGCAGACUUAGGGGAAACCUUAGGUGUGGAGUGGCAAACAUAUGGGAGGUCAACAACUCAAUAUCCAUAUGUGUGAUGUUGCAGGAACAGUAAUUUAAAACCAUGUUCAAGUGGUACACCACACUGGUGAAAUUAUAUAGAAUGAAUGGAUACUUGCUGGAGAGGCUGCGGUCAGCGGGGUUUCUAUAUACAUAUGUGGGGGGAAUGUCCCCAAGUUCAAAUAUAUUGGAAAAUGUUACAGGACCUGAUGGGUCAAAUCUUCCAACUUAAACCAGAUUAUAAAACAUCAGACAUGAUAGUAAAAACAAUAAAUAGUAAAGCUUUAUAAAAUAUAUAAGGUGCUACAAUCACCAUGUAUCUCCAAACACACUAAGUGAAAAUAAGUGAAAUAUGCAACAAAUGGUGGUGAGAGUACUCAAUAAAAUGUAGAAAUAUUACCACAAAUCUGAUAAUAAAUAGAUGUAUCAACGAACAAGAUAAAAAAAAGCAAAUAGGGUAUAAUCUUUCUUUGUGUUGCAACUGCACAAAAUCUCAAACUCUGACCCCAAUAUUAGUGAACUCCCACAUUGCUAUUUUGGAUAAAAUCUGAAUAUAUUCUGCAUAUUUUCUCAUCUGAAGUCACAUUUUGAGGUUCAGUCACUAUCAAUCAGAGCUUAGAAAAUAGCUAGCUGGCAGAGCGCUUUCAAGUUGGCCAUUUUAGACUAAAAUUUGCACUUACUGUCAGAGUUUAGUAGACAGAGCUCAGUAAUCAUUAAUGGGCUAAAGGAAAUCUAAGUCGAGGUACCGAUAAGGAUGAGGUAAAGGCAGGGUCAGUCUAGCAAAACAUCAAGUCAGGCAGCACAGGUCAAGCUAAAGGUCAAGGUUUGUUUACAAAUCUAUAAUUUCAAGGAUCCCUAUAGGGUCAGGAACACAAAUAUGUAUUCCUGACCCUAUAGUGUUAACACCACCAAAUAGCCCCCCCCCCCCGGAACCCUCAUGCCUCCAUUAAUUUAGCAAAAUCUUACUGUAUUCAAGCCAGAAGCUGUAGAUCUGCAUGAUAUUAGAUUCAGAAAAACAAGCAGUCUGCUAACAUCAUCAGAAGUGGUGGCCUGAUCCAAUCACAGUGCUUCCCCAUAGGAUUGGCUGAGACUAACAAAGAGGCAGAUCAGGGGCAGAGCCAGCAUGAUUCAAACACAGCCCUGGUCAAUCAGCAUCUCAUCAUAGAGAUGAAUUGAAUUAAUGAAUCUCUAUGAGGAACGUUCAGUGUCUGCAUGCAAAGGGAGGAGAUACUGAAUGUUUGGAUGCAUUUUAGGCAGCCAUGACCCAGGAAGGAUCUCUAACAGGCAUCUGAGGAGUGGCCAGUGAAGUUAUCACUAGGCUGUAAUGUAAACACUGCAUUUUCUCUGAAAAGACAGUGUUUAAAGAAAAACGCCUGAAGGUAAUGAUUCUACUCACCAGAACAAAUUCAAUAAGCUGUAGUUGUUCUGGUGAAUAUAGUGUCCUUUUAAGCUUUCAUUUUAAAAUCAUUGUGAAUUCUUAAAAUGUCAGUUUGAGAAUGAUCCUGUGUAUAUGUUUUUUAGUGUGCCAAAAAUACUCUGACUGAGCUGCUUGUUUUUAGUUAGGUAUACUUACAGACAUGUGUUUGAUACCUAUGUGAUCACAUUAUGUACAGUAUGUUGGUGUGCCCUACAACAUACUGCUUGCAAUGCACACGCAUCUCCCUGACACUCAAAGGGUUCAUCCAUCUCAAUUACCAUGUUCAAUAGAUUUACAGCCUUAGGCUCUACAGCUAUAACAGUUCUACAAUCUCACUAAAUAUACAUUUCAAAACAGUUAAUUAACAAACUGACUCAUUUUGAAUUAAUAGACCGUCAUCCAUUUUUAACCCCUUGGCAUCCACGUAAGGAAUAUAGCUGUAUCUCAACAUAUCCGUCAUGACCCUGGAAGGGGUUUAAACAACCCAUCCAUUCCUAGUGGCAGGAGAUAGAAUCACCAAACUAAUAAUCUAUAUAAACACCCUAAUCUCAUAAAGAGGAAAAAUAAUGAAUUGUACACAAAUGCAGCUAAUAAAAAAAAUUAAACUUGCAAAAACAACAACAACAAAAAAACCACCAUGUUGUGCAUGUCCCAGUAGAAGUGAAACAGUUAAAUACAUGACUCCUCCUUUAACGUCAGCAGAGAGCACAGUGGCCCCAUAUUGAUUAGUUAGAAGAUUCUAAGCUAAUCUUAAAAAUUAAGAGGUUAGGCUCAGAGCAGGUUCUAUCGUGCUUGUCCUUCCUCUACGAUAAGCUCAAAGUAUAUGAUUUCAUUCAGAAACCAGAGACAAGCAGAGCAUGACUGUAUUGCCCUCCAUUAAAAACAGUGAACAGCUUCAGCACCAUAGACAGCAACACACACAGCGCCUGUCACUGAGAUUUGUACAGAUCAGGACUCUUUUUCUUCUUGAAGUCAACUUUAUUCAAUAAAUAUUAUUCGAACAACGUCCUUGUCUUUUUUUCUGUUAGGGAUUAGUCCUCUAUUAUAAUCUCUGGACAUGUAGCCAGCAUUGUGUGCUAUACAUCAUUGUCUGAGAGAGAGGCAGUGAGAUCGCCUGUGUAACUGUGUGGAUUCUAUUGUAUCCCCUCAUUGUAACUUACUCUGUCCAUUCUCUCUCUCCAUCCCUCCUCUCUCUCUCUCUCUCUCUCUUUCCCAUCACUUCUUUUCUCUCUCAUCCUCCACAGGACUCCUCCUCUUCCCCUCCCCUCCCUUCUCAUUCUCCCCCAGCCUCCUUGCUCCAUCUGAUUCCUCUAUUACUUGGCUCCCUGGACCAGCAGCCAUGGCUGAUAUGAAAACAGGCGUAUUUGCUAAAAAUGUCCAGAAAAAGCUGAGUAGGGCUCAGGAGAAGGUAAGAAGACAGCGGUGUAUGGACGUGUUACCAUUAGCGAAAGAUUCAGGGAAACAGCUGAUCCUGAGUAUAGGAGAAACCCUGUGAUCACCUGCAGCAGAGCGAUUUAAAAACCCCUCUAAUGUAUCUAUUUGUGAUGCUACCAUGGAGGCCUCUUGCAUAAUUAUUUUUUGAGCUGCUAAUUAUAAAGCAAGCCAAACGGUAUCUGAAUAGGUCAGUUAUUGCAGAGAGCAUACAAAUGUAGAAAUAGCUUUGCAUUAUAAUGUUAUGGACACCAGGUCAUUCUUGUGAUUUUAACCCAGGAGAUUUCACUGAACACCUACCCAGUUAAAAUGUUGCUACAAUUUGCUAUUGGAGGGGAAGGUGUAACAGGGGUUUAACAUUUGUGAGGUGCAGUUCUACAGCUAAAGGGUUAAAUGCAUAGAAUGCAAUAGAGGUUCUAUUAAUACGGUGAAAGCUGCAGAAUGAAUACUGCUGGGUAUGGUGUGAUAGAGGUGUGUGCAUGUGUUGGUGGGGGUAGGGUGCUGGGGUGUGCAGAUAGAAGAAGCAGUUUUACAAGGUCGAAGUGCUGCAAAGCUGCAUAGCUGAUUAUAGGCAAUGAGAACCAAACUGACAGCUCCUUCUGUAUUCUCUACUCACAUGUUCAUCACAUAACCCAGCACUUAUCUGUUCAUAUAAUAAUAGUAAUAAUAAUAUAAAUAAAAAAUAAUAAGUGGUGAAUUGUAAGCUGGAAAUGCAAGACUGUAAUUAUACAGAGUUGGGGAUACAGCAAAGCAUUGGGACAUUCUGCAGUAAGAGAUUGGCAGUGCUAAGAAUUUAGUUUUGUUAUGCACCAUCCCCAAUGUCUCAUAAGCUUUGGGGUGUAAUGGAAAUGUACAUAUAAUGGUUGUUAUGGUCAUUUGACCUGAGGUUUAUGAAUAUGAAGUGAAUGCAGUGCAAAUCAGUGCAAUAUUUCCUAUAUCUGGCAAGACAUGUAAGGUAUGCUGCAUACUGCAUGAAUGUCUAUACAGAGAUAUUAUAGGUGAUAUUUAAAAAAAAUGUGUGUAUAUAUAUAUAUAUAUAUAUAUUUGUAUCUAUUUGACUAUCUAUCUAUCUAUCUAUUGAGAGAAAUACUUUUUUUUAUAUCACCUAUAAUAAAUAAAUUUAUAUAUAUAUAUAUAUAUAUGCACACACAUACAUACGCAUAUAGUCUUUAAAUUAGCUAGAAAAUAAAUGUAUGUACGGUAUAGAGUACUUUUGGCUCUUAUAGAUGUUGCAGACAACUGCAAAGCCACAUGUAUCUUUUUGCAAUCAAUAGCCCUACAGAAUCCAAAAUGCAGUAAAUGUAAAACAAGUAUUUUAUUAGAACAUAAACCAACACACAAUAAGGAUAACUUUGCCACAAAUGCCAUGUUAACACAGGGCACCUACAUAAUUAUUUACAAAGGCUUAUGUUGUGAAUGUACUUUAACCAUUUUUGAACACCAGAGUGAGUCCUCCCUAUAUCUACCAGGAUCUAAAGCAGACAGCUAUUCAAAGUGUGUUGUAAUGAGAACUAGGGAUAUUGUAAGGAAGACACUACAGUGGCACAAACCAUAUCAAUAAACAUAUUUAUAAAGCUAAUAUUUACCUUGGUUCAUAGUCAUAAUCAGAUGUUUGUGCUUUUAUUGUUGGAACAGGAAGAUAUAGCUAUAGUGUCUCUAAAUGCAGCAGUUGUGGAAGCAUUGUGUAACAGUAGCAGUCCUUUGUAUUGCAUUUUAAAGUGUUGACUAAGGAACAAAUGUAGGCCAAAUGGCAGCACAAUGGGCUGAGCAGUGUUGUAGAAAGACUACAUCUGUCAUUGUGAUUUGUUGAGACAGAUAAACAAUCUGCUGUCACUGGUUCCACCCCCUCACAAAUGCACAUUUUCAAUGCAGUAAGAGGAUUGGAUUUCCUUCCUGAUCUGCAGUCCACUACAUGUUGUCACAGGGCUGCUUAGUCACUUAACCCUUGUCACUGCAAGUGUGCUUUUAUUCUAAAAGCUCCCAUUCAUUUGAAAGAUUUCAUUCCAAAUAUGACAUUUAACCCCUUAAGGACCAAACUUCUAGAAUAAAAGGGAAUCGUGACAUGUCACAUAUGUCAUGUGUCCUUAAGGGGGUUAAAUAUAUAAUUUAAAAAAAUAGCUUGAAGUUUGUAAUGUUCUAAAUUUUAUUCAGUGCUGCCUAGUUUGCAAGCUCUAACUGUAGAGUGAGUUUGCGUCAUCAUUUUCUUUAUAAAUCAUUUUACCAGUAGGGAUACAUUGAGAUUUCUCUCGUUUUCAAGUAUGUUCUGGGUUGAAGUAUGUCCUCUUUAUCCUCUUUUGUACUGUAUAUUAAUAUAUACUUUAUUGCAAAUAAUAUCCUGCAAAUUAUAAUUCUUUAAAGUUUUUAUUAAGAAAAACAACACAAAAAAACCUUUUGCUUAUCAGAUAAAUAGCAACUUAUAAUUUAGACAUUUAAACUGCAAAUACAGUUUAGAAGACUGUUAUUGCAGUGUGGUUUGGAUCACUUUCACUAGGGAUCUGCAGUGGAAUUUAUGCUUAUGUUUCUAUUGAAACGUGUAACUAUUACCUCUGCUUUUUACAGUAGCAUUAGUCCAUAGACAGUCUAUGUUAGUAAUUGCCCAUUGAAACUCCACUGUUUUUUGCACACAUCCCCCAACCUCCCAGUUACUUACUUUUGGAACACCUCCACUAUCCACCCAUUAAACCACCCAUUCCUAAAACCAUGUACAACCAAUGCCUACUUUGCAGGUUCCUUAUCUUUACUCUCCAUUACCCCAAAAAUACAAUUAGACUCCUUGGCCACAUACAGAGAUACAGUUAUCAUUGUACAGACCCUAAAUAUUGACUCGUCUCAGAAUACUCUGGCAUCUUUGUUUUGAUCAUGACUUUUCUUUCUUUCUACCACUCGUAUCUCUAAGAGUUUUCCUGUGUUAUACUUGUCAUCUGAAGUCCCUCAUUUUUCUAUGUUGGACUGUCUCCCACAUUUCAUGCUUAUAUAUUCAAAGAAACUGGUUGUUUCUCUUCUAAUAAUUUCCUAUAUAGAUCCUAAAAGUGACUUUCUUUCAGACCUGUAGAUUACCAUAGCAACCCAUUCUUCCCAGUGAAUCCUCCCUCAAACUAUACUUCUUCUCUCCUGAACUCACCAAACCUUGAGCACUCAAACCUUUCACAAGGUUGCUAACUUGUACAAGAGGGAGCUUCAUUCCUCCUGUACCAGUGUAUGUCUAGGAACGUGCUAUGCUAUAUAUCAUGCUAUAUUUGCUGUACAACAACGUAUUUCCAAGCCUGUUCUACUGUUCAGCAACACAUUACUUGCUAGUGUCAUUUAAAUAAAUAAUGCGACAUGGUGUCUUUUUUAUAAUAGAUAUAAUGUACAUAAUCAAAAUGGAUGAUGUGUAAAAUCAACUACACUGCAAGUCUAAAUUGUAGCUUGUAUAACAAACGUGCUGCCUCUCUGUAGCACACUAAGGACAAUCACAAUCAAAGGCUGAGUACAUCACAUUUGGAUUUGGAAAAUAAUAAAUUUCACAUUAAAGUUAAUAGAUGUGUGUUCAAGUUUAUAUGUUUAGUAGUUUGAUUUGAUACUGAUUUGAUUUAAUAGUGAAUUUCCAGUUGCUCUAUGUUUGUUCUCUCCUUCAGUAGGUGCAAUGAAUACAAAUAUAUAUUUUUCCAUUUUGUGUUGUACGGCAGCCUUUGGGUAGAAGAUAUAAGCUUGACUUUGCAGGUUAUAUAAUUGCCUAAUAUUUCAAUAAUGCCCUUUUUGCAUGUUCUGGUGGUUAUGCCUGUCCAUCACAAGCACAUAAUGUAUUGUAGCAGAGGUUGAUAUUAAAGUGGGGAAAAAACAAAGAAAAAAAUAAUAAUUCCAUAUUCAGUACAUGAUUAUCAGCUGAUUUUGCACAUUUAAACAUAUUGUUAAUCAGCUUUGAAAUUUUCUAGUUUGCUCUUAGCUGGAUUUCAAUGGAUUUGAAAUGUUUCACCUCCAAAGUAAAAGCUGUGGUUUUUAAAAACAUAGAAUGUAAUCAAUCAAGGAUGUAGCUAUUAAACAAUGUAUUACGCAGAGGUGUUAUGGUUAUAUAUCCCAAUAAACAUGUUUUACUUUAAAUUUCUAGAGUGUAGAUUUUUUGCUUCUAUUCAAUAUUUAAAAAGCCUGUUAUCUGUCCACACCAUGCCCAUUCAGAUCAUACACAAAGUCCACCUCAUAUAAAUGAAGCAUGUGUUGUUAGGAUCAUACAGUAAAAACCAAAGUUACCUGAGCUCUCUCCUAAAUCCCUAUGUAUAUUUAAACAAAUGGAGGUCAUUUAGUUACUCCAAUGGCCAUUGUAGGGAAUGCCCGCCUGCCAACGUCAAGGCAUACCCCCUUAGGUAGGUCCUACACUGACCUUUCACCCUGCUUCCUUGGGCCUCUGGCAAAGAUAUCUGGGGCUGAUGUGUACUGUGGUCGUUGCUGCCGCCCAGGAGUGUUGGGAGUGAGCGCAGUACUUGUUUUUUUGUAGUUGUUAGGAUAAUACCUAUUUUCUGUGUGUUUAUGUGAUCAUCCUGUCAUACAGCAAAGUAGACAUCAUAAAAGUUUUGUACCACAGAUAUGUUUGUUGUUUUAUUUUUGUCUUUGAAGUUGAGAGUCAAUGCCUCAAAGUUAUCAAAACAUAAUCUUAGUCUUUAAUGUCUUUAGAAAUAAAAAAAAGUCACCUGAGCUGCCUAGGCCCAUGCUAUCAAAAUAAGGCUUGUAUUGUACAAAGGAGGUGCGAUUGUAAAUUUUGGAGAUACAUUUUAGUAUUUCCUUCUAUUCUGCUUGGUUGUUUUCAGCAUUGUUUUGCUGUCCUCCAUCUUAGGGCUUUGAUUCCUCUUAGUUUGCCAAAGAAUACCUUAUGAAACUCAGCAUGUAUGCAAGUGUCUCCACAUACUGAACUUUCCACAUAGCAGUUCUGCUUCUCCGCUUGUCCACAGAGAACUGUCCUUUAUCUCCAGAAGCUGAUUACUGAGUAGACAGUGUGUAACGGAUCGCCUGGCACCCCGACUGGGUACCUCCGUUGAAAGAUGCUCCUAGCGCUUCCUGAGGACUCCAAGCACUGCAGCAGACACCACAACCACCGAACCGGAGAAGCAUAUGAAUCCUCUCAAGCAUAUGAAUGCUGUAGACAGUUGAAUAGGAACCAUACGAAUAGGUUUACUCUCCUAGCAGUCCAACUGGAACAGCAUACAAUAAAUCCUUCCCCCAAUAAUGAGACGACACUUCACUUUGAGGGUUAAAACAGGAACUCCCUGUACUGUCACAUACAGUCUCUUUUAUUCCCAAAUCACAAACAUAGUACAGCCCACAGGGCGUUACAAAACAACCAAUCACAUACAGUUACAUCCCACAUAUUCCCUCCCCUUAUCCUGAGAGGAAACUCAAUUAUACAUACAGUUAAAACAUACUUUCUACCCAACUUUCAUAACUCCAAAACCAUACAUCACAUUCACAUAAAAUUACAUAUUCACAAUCAAUCCAUUCAGGGGAACAACAUAUUCAAAAAUGGCACAAAUCAGACAAGGGGUUCAAAAGUUAGUAAAAAGUCCUUUGUGACUAAAUGAAGCAUGGCUUUCUGGCCCAAACCAGUUUCAGAGUCUUCUAUCCUGGAGAUAAGUAAUUCAAUUAUCUCCCAGGAUAGACACAAGACUCCAUUAAGCACAUGGUUGCAAAAAGACACAAAACACUUUAAAAUACAUAAAGUCACAUUUACACAUAACACACAGACAUUUCACAUAUCCCCAGAUAGUUGGGAUCUGAGUGCACAUUAUUAGAUGAAUGGCACUCAGAUCACACAAAUAAGCCUUUCUGCAGGGGAAAUAAACGGUUUAACCUGCAGGGCCAUAGUCCAAAGGGAGCAGGCGAGCAACCAGGCUUCUCCAGUUCACAGUGGCGAGGUUGGUUUCGCCACACAGUGUUAAUCUUAUCUUACUUCAUCUACAUUUUAUGUGCAUGUACUUUGCAGACUUGCUCUAUAACUGUAAAGUGACCCUCUGAAGAGAACAAGCUUUAUUUAGUAUAUUUUAUAGUUUGAUUGGCCUGUUGCCAUAGAUUCAUGUGUGGCUAUUUUCUCUAGAUAAUAUGAAAAAAUUACACAUCUUGAAUUUAUAUCUUCCUGCACUCCUAAACCCAAUAAUUAAAUUUAAACACCACAAGCUGGUGUACACUGCAUUCAUCCAAAUAGUGCACAUUGAAACUUAAUAAUGUAUCGCUACAUCACACCAAAUUGAAAAAUUGAAUUAAGCCCAGGCUCUGGAUUAGAAGCAGCUAAUGAGUGUCUUUGCAGAAGGUAACCUGCAUGCAUCAAUCUUUUUUCUGAAAUCUUCAACUUUGUAGCCAAAUUAAUUUCUAAUAUGCUUAUAUUGCAUGCCUGGAAUUUUUAUGGCAGAAGAGUGGGGCAAAAUAACUAAUGCCAGGAAACCUGGAGAAUAAAAAAAAAAUCUAAAUGCCUGUACUGUCCCUUUAAGACACAAAGCACAAAUGAAGGAAUGCAUACAUGAACUCAAAAAGAGGAUUGAUGAGAUUUUGAAAUUUUAGCAUAACAUUUACUGUAGACAAAAAAUUCAAAUGAGCUUAAGACGGGCUGUGUUAUUUUCAAAAGGGCUUUGACCCACUUGUUUUUGUUUUUUUAUUUAGUUUUUUUUAUGCUUUGCUCAAUUGUUGAAUGUUAAUUGUAAAGAGGUUCAAUAACGUAUUACUCACAUUCUUCUUUUUAAUUGCAAAUUAUAUUUAUGCAGUGCCAGCUCAGUAUGGUGGGUAAGAAAAAUAAUACAUGUAAUGACAACCAAAUGUAGGCGAAUCUAAACAAAAGUAAGAAAGCAUGGUAAUAUCUCCACAUACAGGGUAGGUUGUUGUACAAAGAUAGGUUACUGUUACACACUAUGGUGUUUUUUGUUUUUUUAAGUUUAAAGAUUUGAGGAAUGCUGAAUGUGUUGGGGAACGUUAUUCUGUAUGAGCAGAGUAGCUCUGGACAUGUCUUGUAUGCAAGAUUUCAAGGUUGGAAUUACAUAGUACACACACACACACACACAAAAAAAAAACAUUUCUGCUUUAUCAGUUUAUAGGUUGUACUGACAAUCUUAAAUAAUUGCCAAGAGAGUCAUUAUAGGUUUUAAAUUCCCUAGGUCACAGGAUAGAGGAUAAUUGGCUAAUGUGACUGACUGAAUCACAUAGCCUCAGUUUUAAACAGUAGGAGUUUUAAACAAUGUAAAGAAAAGCAUUGUGAUUGGCUUGAGCAACCUUACAGCCAUACAACUACAUUUUGAUAUCCGACAUUGCUCAUUUUUCCACCACUGUAAGGUGUUGCUGUCACUUGUGACAACACUCAGGUGACAUGUCUGCUUGAGUAUUGGAGCUAUACAGUUUUGAAUCUAUCUCUCCUAGACGCCAUCAUUGCUAUCUGUACAACUCCUAGCAGAUGAAUCCAACAGGAACCACCCCAUCCUUGCACUUUUGCAAAUGUAAAAAAUUGGGGUCUUUGAAAGGUCCUAUAAGACCUUGGGAUUUUCCAAAGAACUUUGUGCCUGGGCAAAGACAUAGUGCAAAUUGCAUGAGAAGUCGUAUAUUCUCAGUCAGCUUUCAUGAGUCAACAUCAAAUAGGAUAGUAUAACAUGAAGCGCAAUACAGUUUCUGUGAUCCAUUUGCUAUAAUCUGAUGUUUACAUUGAACUAGUAAGUGCAUGUUUUUUUAUUGUUUUAGAAUUUCUAAAAAGAGGUGACAGUGCCGCUUUCAUUUUCUUAUCUUUGGAUUUUAUUGAUAAAUGUCAAAUGCCCAUGUGCCCUAGUCCUAUAUCUCCAUAUUCAGUAAAUAAAAAAAUAAAAUUAUAUAAAUAUUUUUGUCAUCACCACAGGGCAGGGAUAUGGAAGGCAACUUCCUAUGAGGAUAUAUAUUUAGUAGUAAACAGGCAGGCAGUGACUUUAAAAAAAAUAAAAUGUGUAUUGAACCUUACUGCCAGUUGGACUGUCUUGCACUGCUAUGAAGAGAGGUGAACUAUACUAUAUGCUAGAAUAGGUUAAGACCAUUGAGCUGGUCUCCCAAGAUUUUGAGGGGCAUCAGGCCCCCAAUGUGGUGAUUUUUUUAAUCUUAUCCCACAACAUGAAGUGAAUCAGCAGACCUCUAUUUUUCAAUUUCUGUUGAUCUAAUUUUGUUAAUGAAAUACUAGUACAUUUUUGUAAAAAACGUAAGCUGAAGCAAUUAUAAAAAAUGUUGAAUAGAGAGAAAAGAUAUCUGAUGUAAUUCUAUAAACUGACCUAAUUUCCUUCUGGUUACUAGAAAAUUAUUACAAGGGGCAUUGAGACUAACUCAUGAAAAUUCUUGCAAUACAAAAAAUAUUUUUUUCUUUUCUUCACUGUUUUCGGUAUUAUUAUUUUUUUGAGUCUUUAUUCAGAAAAACAAUGACAGCACAAUUUAUUUUUUUAAACAAAUCUUUAUCUAUUUGUUUUUAAACAGUAAAAUCUUCAUUAAUUAAUUAAAAAUUAACACAAAUCACUGUCGUAUUUAAAAGUAUGUAGAACAUACACAAUUGUGCAAAUAAAAUAACACUUUGCAAAAGCAGAAAUCUGCUCUCAAGAUGUGAAAAUAUUUUUGUAGAGAACCUGAAAUGUAAAUAGCUGUAGUUGUCAUGGUGAUAAAGAAAUAAAUGAACACUGAUCAAAUUAACAUUAAGGAUAAGUGAAGGAUGUUUUUCAUUUUAUAAAAAGUGUAGAAUUAAAAAUAAUUUAGCAUUUUUUAUAAAUUAACCUUGUUACAUCACAGUGGCUGCCAAUCAUAUAACCGGUCAUGGUAUGUCCUGGCUUGGUUAGCUCAGUGGAAGUAGGCAAUUGUCAAGAGCCCCUGCCUUGUAAAGAUUUCUCAUUGAGCUACAUUAGGAAGUCUGUAAUUGUACAGCCACCGAAAGUCUGUGCUAAAUAGAAUGGGAGGGAUUCCAAAGGCUGCAGACAAGUUUUUUAUAUAUAUAUAUAUCCCCAAUGGAAAAAAGUGUAUAAUUAAAAGUAUGCAGGUUUCAUUGGGGAUAUACCAACUAAACAAUGAAUGUUGUUAUUAUUUUUAUUUUCAGUGGAGUGUCCCUUUAACUUGUUCAGGGUCUUGUUUAGGUGGCAUAAAAGCCAGAGUAAAUGUUAUGACCCCUUUCACAUAUAUUGACUGACACCCCUCAAGUCCCAUGCCAUACCCUAAGUCCAUUCUAAAAAGUUUCUAUGAAUAACAUGCUGUGUUAGCUAACCUUUCUACCCCACUGCAAUCAAACCAUUCACUCAUAGCAACACCAAACUAUGCUGUAUCAUAUAAUUCAAAUAUGGAACAUUAUAGGGACACUGUUGCAAUUUAUGUAACUGGAGAGAUUAUUUCGCUCUUAUUAAUACAUGGUUCUUUGGGCUAACAAUAAAAUGUGGACAGAAUUAAACCCUGUGCUCUUCAGCCCACUGUCAGCCCCCAUCCUUAAUCAAUGCCCCUGAACUUGUGUUAAAUAAAUAACAGCGACUAAUGUUACUUUUAAAACGUGCCUCUUCUCUAGGAUACAGGCAACAAUAUUUUGUAUAAAUGUAACAGAUGAGCAGAACUAACCAAAAUGAUGUACCGAGUGCAUUCAUUUAAUGUAAUUAUUGUUUGAGGAUGUUUUAUCAUAAUUAGCAAAGGAGCUUAACCCCUUAAGACCGCAGCCAAAUGUACAAGUUAAGAUCAAAACAAAACGUAAACAAAACCUGGCAUUUGCGCUGUAUGUCUGUCCAACCGUAAUUCACCUCUUUCAUAUUAAAUGCACCCACACUUAUUAUAUAUCAUUUUAUUCAGGGGAAACAGGGCUUUCGUUUCACAUCAAAUAUUUAGUUAUGGAACAUAAUUUAAUAUGAAAAAAAUAUAAAAAAAUGGGAGAAAACAAUAAUUUUUUUACAUUUGUUAGUUCUACGUGACAUUUUAACUGUGAAUGUCAAAAUACUGUUUGCUUUUACUGCAGUAACAUACACAUAUUUGUAUUCAGCAAAGUCUCACGUGUAAAACAGUACCCCCUAUGUACAGGUUUUAUGGUGUUUUGGGAAGUUACAGGGUCAAAUAUAGCGUGUUACAUAUUUCAGUUUUUUCACAUUGAAAUUAGCCAGAUUGGUUACGUUGCCUUUGAGACCAUAUGGUAGCGCAGGAACAAGGUAUUGCAAAUGGAGUAUGUCAAGUCUUUUUUAGUAGCCACUUGGUCACAAACACUGGCCAAAGUUAGUGUUAAUAUUAGAAAAUGCAAAAAACUAAUUUAAACGCAAAUUUUGGCCAGUGUUUGGCUACUAAAAAAGACUGAACAUACCCAAUGUGUGUGAAAAAUGUUUGUGUUCAGCGAAGUCUUCCAAGUAAAACAGUACCCCCCAUGUACAGGUUUUAUGGUGUCUUGGAAAGUUACAGGGUUAAAUAUAGUGCUAGAAAAUUAAAUUCCCUGGACUUUCGGCCUGGGUUGUCAGGCAGGUCCUGCAAAUUGUAAUUAAUAAAAUGACCUAAUUAUGUAAAAUGAUUACAUAAAUAUAUACGUAGAAUUAUUAUAUAUAUAUAUGUGUGUAUAUAUAUAUAUAUAUAUAUAUAUAUAUGUAUAUUUUUUUUUUAUUUAUAUAUAGGUAUAUAUAGUGAUAUAUACGUAUAUACUUAUGUAUAUAGCUAUAUAUAUUAUUUCGUUCUACAUGUAUUUUGAUAUCAAUAUAUAUAUAUUCAUUUUAAAAUACAGUUAGAAUGAAAUUACGCAUGUAUAUAUUUUAUCUAUUUAUUUUUUAUUUUUUAUUUUAUCUUUUAACGUAUUUAUAUAUUUAUUUAUUUAUUAUUAUAUAUAAAUAUAUAUGUAAUGAAAAUUAUAUAUUUAAUCAAUAUCAUUGUACGUGUAUUUUGAUAUUUAGAGUGGCCUUUUAUUGUGGCCAGCCUAAGGCACACCUUUGCAAUAAUCAUGCUGUCUAAUCAGCAUCUUGAUAUGCCACACCUGUGAGGUGGAUGGAUUAUCUCGGCAAAGGAGAAGUGCUCACUAACAUAGAUUUAGAUAGAUUUAUGAAGAAUAUUUGAGAGAAAUAGGCCUUUUCUGUACAUAGAAAAAGUCUUAGAUCUUUGAGUUCUGCUCAUGAAAAAUAGGGACAAAAACAAAAGUGUUGCGAUUAUAAUUUUGUUCAGUGUACAUUCUGAUAUAUAUAUAUAUAUAUGUGUGUGUGUGUAUAUAUAUAUAUAUAUAUAUAUAUAUAUAUUAUGCCACCGAGUAUAAGAGAUAAUAAAUGUGUUGUUGAGUAGUAUUGAAUCCCUAUCAUGUUGCAGCACAUUUUACAAAAUGCAGAGACGGCAGACUGAUUCAUUAAUAAAUUACAUCAUGUCUGCUGCCAGUUAAGGAAUAGGCCGCAGUGCACACUAUACCAAGCAAAAUGUGUUUGUUAAAUAAGUUAUACAAUUUAGUGCUGCAGAACAAAAAACACGCACUCAUACUUUGAGUUUGUAUAACAAAAUUAUAUUUUUAUUGCAUCUUAUAGUAAGGUGUGUUCCCGAAAUGUAUUUCUUUUUUCGUGUAAAUUUUCUUUUCAGUGAGACUCGUUGCUUGGAAUAUUCUUAUUCAUUGUUUCCUUUAUACGUUUGUUUGCCAACAUCCAGUAUUUGACCCAUAGCCAAAGAAUAUACCUCCAGCUUAGCUAUUUCAAACCAAAAAAUUUAUUUACCACAGUUCAUAGCUUAGAGAACUAAUUCCCAAUGCAUUUUAUGUCUAUAUAAAUAUUUUUACUCUGCUGUUUAUUGGUUUGUACAGAAGGGACCAAUUCAGAAUUCAGCCAAACAAUUAACAGAGUCACGGCAGAGAAUGUAUAAAAUCCCGUAUUUCAGUGUGACGUAACACAUUGACUUUGCAGCAUCCCUAAAUCUUACUGCUGGACCCGGUACACAGUUUCUCACAUAUACCACAGGCAGACUGGACCUGGAAUAAAGCUGCAGUCAACUCAGAGCUAGGGCUAUGAUCUGGAAACCUCCUCUAGCACCUAGGUAGAAUAUGCAAUAAAAUGUAAUGUGAAAAGAUACAUGUAUGCAAAAAUGCAUGUUAGGGGAAAAAAUUACCGAAAAAGCUAUGUUAGCAGAUCAUGUUUUCUGCUUCUGUAUGCAAUGAAUAGUGACGUCAUCCAUGCAAUUAUUUCACCUCCAUGCAGUUCGGUGUUCCUAAUCUCUAGCAAAGCAAGGACAUAUAUCGGCAUACCUAAGACCCAAUUGACACCACUGUCUGAACAUCAAUCCCACAGAAACCUCCAAUGUCUUCUCCACUACUCUCCAAACUCUCCUUUUACCUAUCUCCAAUCUCACCUGUCCUUGCUCUGCAACUUCCUUCUACAAUUCCACCCUCUCCUCUCAACUACACAUCAUGGAACCUCCUACAUUUAAACGCAGCGAGCGCCCCCAACAACAACCCUGGCACACCAAGCUCACUCGAUACCUCCAAAAAUGCUCCAGAACUGCUGAACGCUGUUGGAGAAAGUCUCACUGUGUGUCUGACUUUCUCCACUAUAAAUUUAUGUUGCGCUCAUACAGCUUGGCUCUUUCCUCUGCAAAAGUAAAGUACUUCAAUACCCUCAUAACCACACUGUCCCGUGAACCCAAAUGACUAUUUCACACAUUUAACUCUCUUCUUUGCCCUAUUGUUCCUCCUCCACCUACUAACUUGACCGCUUCAGACUUUGCAACUCACUUCACUGACAAGAUCUCUACAAUCAAGGAAGAGAUCUCUCAUCUUUCUUCUUCCCUUUACAAUACUUCCCCUAACCUCACUCCCUCUGCUGUUUUAUGUUCAUUCACACCCACUACAGCGGAAGAGGUUUCUGCUCUGCUCCAGUCCUCCCGCCCCACCACCUGCUCCCUAUAUCCAAUUCCCUCACAUCUCGUCCGUACUCUGUCUUCUUCUCUUUCUCUACUUCUCAGUAAAAUUCUCAAUUUUUCUCUCUCCUCUGGCAUAUUUCCAUUGCCCUUAAAACAUGCAACUAUAGCCCCAAUUCUAAAGAAGCCCAACCUUGACCCUAACUACCCGUCCAACUACUGUCCUAUCUCGCUACUGCCUUUUGCUUCCAAGAUCCUUGAAAGAGUUGUGUAUGCGUGAUUGACAGUUCCUCUUCAAUCCCCUAUACUACCCCAAACUUAACAAUACACCCCUAUACUACCUUAUUACUUACAGCAACUCCUAAUCAUUUCUGGGCUGUAAACGUUUAUAAACCAUUUGAUCUUCAGGAAACACAGGCCAGACUUAUUCUCUAUACCAAUGGUUUCCAAACUGUGUGCCGUGGGGGUGCCGUGGAAUGUUUCUCCGAUGCUCUGAUUAUAGCACCAGGGACCCGAUCGAGUGCCACAGUCCUUUAAGACCGCGACCGGGCCCCUGUAAUGUGUGAGUGUGUGCAUGAGUGUGUGUCAGGUGUUUGUGAGUGUGUGUGUCAGGGUGUGCAUCUCUGUGUGUAUAUAAAUAUCAUGGUGCUUCUGUGUCUGUGUGUGCACACACAUCUGUGUAUGUUCCUCUGUGUGUCAGGGUGUGUGUAUCUGUGUCAUGGUGUGGGCAUGUAUCAAUGUUUGUGUGUGCCAGGGUGCAUGUGUGUAUGUCGAUGUUUAUGUGUUGGUGUGUAUCUAUAUGUGUGUCUCAGUGUCUGUAUGAAUUUAUGUGUAUGUGUCGGUGUAUUUAUAUGCAUCUGUGUGUUAAUGUGCAUGAAUAUCUGUGUAAGUAUGUAUGUAUGUAUGUAUGUGCAUACAUCCAAUCAGUCAAACACCAGCACAACAUGCAAGCACACUCUUGCAAUCUAACACAAAUAUUACAUACAAACACACCCCUGCAUUUAAACUAAAAAAAAUACAUAUACAAACACACUUCUUCACUCAAACACAAAUACUUCACACAAAUGUACAUCCACAUUUAAAAAUGAACAUUACAUUCAGACACACCCCGCAUUCAAACGCAAACAUUACAUACAGACACACCCCUGCAUUCAAACUAAAAAAUAUAUAUAUACAAACACACCCCUUUACUCAAACACAAAUACUUUACACAAAAGUACAUCUACAUUUAAAAGUGAACAUUACAUUCAAACACACCCCUGUAUUAAAACACAAUAAAUGUAUACAAGCACCCCUUCAAACACCAACACUGUACAUUACACUAUAGCACCAGUAAAUGAUGCAGCGCUGUACAGAUAUACAACCUAGAAAUUUUGACUUGGGGUGCCUUGGAAAAAUAUUGAAAUAUUAAGGGCGCCUUAAAUCUAAAAUGUUUGGGAAUCACUGCUCUAUAUUGUUAUUUUUGAUACUUUCCUCAUUAGAAUAGGUUGAAGCAGCACCUAUACAUAUUGAUCAUCUGCAGCAGAGAGUGUUCACUGUGUUUAAUUGUCACAUGUGCCUAUGACAUGUGCUUUCAAUUUAUACACAGUGCGUCAUGGCUAUUGUGAGUUAUUGUAGUCCAAGCUGCACAAUUUAGGACAACCACAGGUCAACAAAAUAAUGAAAACAAUUCUGCACUAAAAUAAUCAUGCGUGGCACAGCUGCAGAAAAUGAAUCUAAAUUAAUUAUCUCUUAAGAUAAACAACUAUAGUUUUUUAUAACUUUUUAUAUUCGUCCAUGUAAAAUAUCAUAUACCAAUUUUCCAAUACCAAUAUAUUAUUUUAGUAAUGAAUUAGGUCACCUGGCAUCCCUCAUAAUACAUUUAAAAUAUUUCCUUGAUAAAUACUUGAAUAAGAAAUAAUAUAAUAUUAAUUAAUCAGGUUAUUUCAUCUAGAAGUGAAUCUAUGUUUCAUUCAAGAAUUGUUAAUCUUUCAUGAGACAAAACUUGAAUUAGAAAUAUAACUAUAUCUAAUGUGACAAAAUUUAUUUACAAAGUAUUGUACAGGCACUGUGUCCUUUAUUGAAGGUACAGCACAGCAUAUUAAAGUGCCAAAAUAUUAUAGCCAAGAGUUAAUCUGUCCUGGCAUAAAACAUUGUAUUGCCAUUAUUCCCAUCAAACAGUGAGAUUAACACCACCUAUAUAUUUAGUUGUAAUUAAUAAGUAUAAUAAAUACAUAUUUGCAACUUUUCCUUUCUUUAGCUAAUCACACAGUAUCUAGUAGCCUAAUAUAUUUUUAAAUCAAUAAAUGUAAGUAAAUAAUUAAUUAAUCCAUUAACAAGAUCUAUUAUUCUUUCAAAAAUCUUAAUAAGAAUGUUCUCUUGCCAACAGACAUCGCUCCUUCCAUAAUAAUGGUGACACAUGACCACCACACACAAAAGUUGAUUGAAGGGAGCUGGACAUGUUACAUAGAUUGGCUCUUUUGCUAGGUAGCAGAAGAAAGGGUUAUGUAGAGGGCAGUCUUUCUUCAAUGUCUUGCUCCAGGAGUGGGUGGACCCAUUGGAACCUUGGAAAAAAACCAUGACUCUGGUUCUUUUGCUUAUUUUACAACCAAGCUCUAGAUAAACAUGGCAAACUCAAGUGAAAAUUGUCACAGAUCUUACUCGUUAUUAUGGAACCAAGGUUACUCAAUCACUGUGGAUGGGCCUGUCUGAGAAGUGGGCAUGUUCUCCCACUUAGGGGUCUGAAAGACAGCCUCCCAGCCAACCGCCUACAUGCAGAACCAAGAAAAGAGUGUUGCUGAAGUGCUACAUAGUCAUAGUGCUGAGACUUUCCCACUAAAAGAAGGACUGUUGGGAAACCUGCACUAACUAAGGCCUAGUGAUCACAGCAGUAUGAGACUCACUGGGCCAGCCUUCUGAUUGUAUUAUAUGCCACCACUAGUACAUAACACGGGGGGCAAAAAAGCAAGUCGAAAGAGAGGUAAAUCAAAUGUGAACGGUUAUGACCCUUGUCCAGUCCCAGGGUUGCUGCCUCUGAUUACAUUAUGGUUAUUACUACUAUCAGUCUCUAUUUUCUGACCUUCUAUUCUCUAUACUUUGCAAACAGCAAUACCUCCAUGUAAGGCAUUUUAAAAGCUUAAUGGUGUUGAUAUAAAAGAUGUAUUUAAUACAUGAUAUCCCUGCUAUUACAGCAUAUUUUUUCUGAAGUUUUGGUUUCCUUUUAUUACACUCUUGAUAUGAUGCAUGAUAUACACUUAUUUAAAAAAUAGGUCAGAAUACAAAGACACGUUAAACUCUAUAGAUACUAUUGUUACAUAUCAGAGAAUCCACAGCUGUUGUUUCAUUAAAGGAUUCUUGUAGCUGUGUGUCAAUUAUUUUUAAACCUACAGAGGGAAUGUUAAAAGAUAAUAUUUUGUGGAACAUAACUCACAGCAAUGUAUUUGGCUUCACAAAUAUCAUACUGUGCCGAUAUUUUAUAAAACUAUAUACAUUUUCCCAACUGAUCAAAGCUGUUUACAUUCUAGUUCCCCUCUUCCCCUCUACCCUCUCCCCUACCCCCCAUCCCCCAAUUGCUAUGUAAAGAUUCAGCCUGUUAAACAACUUGCAACACUACAAAAAAAAAGUAGAGUUAUAUGUACGCAGUAUAAAAUCACUCUAUAUACAAAAAAACUUCAAUGUGUGUUGGCACUCUGCUACUAAAUGGUGCUGGUAUUGGAGGUGUUUCCCAUAACAACCUCAAAAAAUGCACAAAUUGUAUCCAUAAAUACAAUACUGCACUCAAAAAGAGAUAAGAAAUAAUUAAUAUAUAUGCCAAGAAAAUUAAUUUAUUAUACAGAAACUAUAUGUAAAUUUAUGAGUGAGUAAUGAGAAGUGAUGUCCUUAUAAAUUCAUCAAUUUAAACAAUUUCAUCGUAUAUACAUCCCAAUAUAUAUACAAUUAUUUACAACAGUUUACGAUCGAGCAGGACGCCUGACCACCAUGACAUAAACAGGACGAGUACAGAAACAACUUGACAUGUGUACAAAAAGGAAGGAGUUCAGAUAUCGUUCUUCCGGUGAUGGAUUAAGGGACUUUGCUACAAUAUUUUUUUGGAUCACCCACUACUAUUGUCAUUACUUGGAAGUUUGACAGUGUUCACUUCAAUUGGUGAGACCAAACCAACUUUUUCUCUUUUUUUGCCUUAAUUUUUGUUUGAUCAUCAUUAUUUUUUUAUUUUUAUAUUUUUUCUUUUUAUUUUUUUAUUUUUCUGAUUCACAUCAUUAUUUCAUUUUCUCAUUACAUGCAAUUGGACUGUUUAUUUUGGUAUAUAGCCAUAUAUUUUUUCUUAUAUAUAUUAUUUUUCUCCCUAUAUUUUUUCUCUUGUUUUUUACUGUUUUUUAAAGUUCUUUUCACUCAUACAAAACUACUUAGUGGUGGAUCCACCUGAAAACAUCUAUGAACUAUUGAACUCCAUUCUUCGUAUGUACACAGAUUGUAAAAUCACUCUAUGUACAGAAAACCUUUUAAAGUUAUUAUAGCAGUUAUUAUCGUUAUAUUAAAGCAUUUUAAUAUUGGAAAGUCUAUUUCAAUAGGUGGUACAAAUAUUACCAUCUUUCUAUAGUUGAUUAUGUUUCUAAAGUACUGGUAUUUGAUAGCAGUUUAGAUCUGGUGCUGUAUUCCAUUGACUGUAUUCACUGAACAGCCAUAACAUUAAAGCCAUCUCCCCCUCGUGCUGCCAAAACAGUUCUGAUUCCAAGAGGCAUGGACCUCUGAAUGUAUUCUGUGGUAUCUCACCCCAAGACAUUAGCAGAAGAUCAUUUAAGCUCUGUGAGGUGGGGACUCCAUGGAUCGGAUUUGAGAUCUGGGGAAUUUGGAGGUCAAGGCAACAUUUUGAUCUCUUUGCCAUGUUCCUCAAACCAUUCAUGAACAAUUUUGCAAUGUGGCAGGGUGCAUUAUCCUGCCAUCAGGGAAUGCCAUUGCCAUGAAGGUGUGUACGUGGGAUGCAACAAUUUUUAGGCAGGUGGUAUGUUUUAAAGUAACAUCCGCAUAAAUGCCAGGACCUAAGGUUUCUCAGUAGAAAAAUGCCCAAACCAUAACCCUGUCUCUGCCGGACUGCCUUCUUUCCAUAGUGCACCCUGCUGCCAUCUCUUCUCCAGGUAAACAAUGCAAAUACUCCGGGCCAUCCACCUGAUGUAAAAGAAAAAGUGAUUAAUCAGACUAGGAAACCUUCUUAUAUUACUCCAUGGUCCAGUUCUGAUGCUCAUGUCCCCAUUGAAGGCAAUUUUGGCUGUGGACAGGGGUCAUCAUAGGCACUUUGAAUGUUCUGCAUUUUCGUAGCCCCAUACACAGCAAACUGUGAUACCCUGUGUGUUCUGACAUUUGUUUAUCAUGUCUAGCAUUAACUUUUUCCAACAUGCUUCAAUGAGCCUUGUGCACCCAUGACCAUGCCACCAGUUCACCAGUUGCCCUUCCUUGCACCAUUUUUGGUAGGUACUAACAAUUGCAUACUGGAAAUGCCCCACAAUACUUGCCAUUUUGGAGAUGCUCUGGCCCAGUCAUCUGGCCAUGACUAUUUGGCCCUUGCCAAAGUCACUCAGAUCUUUUUGCUUGCCCAUUUUUCCGCCUGCUUCGAACACAUGUAAUUCAACAACUGACUGUUCACUUGCGGUCUAAUAUAUCCUAUUCCUUCACAGGUGCCAUUGUAACAAUUUAAUCAAUGCUGUUCACUUCACUUGUUAGUGGUUUUAAGUUGUGGAUGAUAAAUGUAUGUUAGUGGCUUGGCUAUGAUGUUUUUGAAUGUGACCAUGUAAUUUCUUUUUGGUUGCAUUAUAUCAUUUAAAGCUGCUCUGAUAUUACCUCUGCCCCCCGGAUGUUUGGUUCAGGGGAAAAAUGUGUACCAGUGACCUGGAGAAAAUAAAGUGGAUGCAAAAAAUAUAUUUCUGAGACAUAUUAUACAAUUGCAACACAAACUGCUAUCAAAAUAUUCAUAGUAAAAAAAAAACUAAAAAAAAACUGAAAAACCCCUCUUCCUACAGAAUUUAAAUAGAAUGUAAAUGAUCAAAACAUAUUACAGAGCUGCAAGUCAACUAUAUCUGUAUGACAUUAAUUUAAAUAAUACAUGUUUUGGAAAAAGGUUAGAUCAUUGCUUUGAGAUAAUGCAUGCUAAAAACCAGAAAAAAGUAGAGCACAAAUCUGAUGUUGCUGAUAAACUGAAUUAAGAAUGCUUCAGUGCAAUACUGGGUCAUUUCUUGUUCAUUCAUUCAAGUAAAACAUGAAAAGUAGAGUCUCUGUACGGUUUUAAAAAAAAAGGUCAUGCAUUCCAAUAGAAGACAUUCAUUAUCAAAAUCUAGGAAGUUUUAAUAGCUCAUAAUACAGUUGAUAUAGCUGAAUCCUUUCAAUGCUUGUCUGACUCAUUCACCACAAUUCAAAUGUAUAUAAUAAUUAUUCAUGUAUUAUCAGUAUAAACUUUAAUUAAAAUAAAUCUGUAUCUUUAACGUUGUUACAUAAUUACUAUUACAGACUUGUUAAUGUACAUAGAAAUUAAAGGAAGGCAUUCAUAGAUUUUCCAAGUCAUCCUAAAUGUCUCACUUAGAUGGUAGCUGACUUGUGUAGAACCCACACCGAUUUUGGUAUGGCUGCAUCCUCGUGGUACCAUUGAUAGUCUCAUCCUGGAUUACCUCAACAGUUUUAGUAACAUUGAUAAUACAUAUUCUGUCCCCUAAAUCAUUGUAACUUAAUUUUAUGGUUUCUCAGUGGAUUAAUACCUCCACCUCGAUUGAGUAGUGUAUGUGUGUAAGUGGCUAAUUAUGUAUGUUUGUAGAUAGUUAUGCAUGCAUGUUUAAGUGAUUUAGUUGCUCAUGUAUGUAAGUGCACAGGUAUGAUGCUUAUUAGAUAUGUGUAUCAAGUUAUAUAUGUAAGCUUGUUUUGUACAAAAAAUCAUGUGUGUAAGAGUAUUUUUGUAUGAGUGAGUACACACCCAGGGUCGGCUCAUCCAUAAGGGGUGCUAGAUUAGAGUGACUGGCAGGAGGUGGGCGCACAGCGUUCCACACCCCUCCCCUCCCCUCCAUGUCCAUUAGUGGUCCUUUCCCCGUCCCUCUAAUCCCCUUCCUGUCCACUAGUGUUCCUCUCCCCUCCAUGUCCCUUAGUGUUCCUUCCUCCACACCCAUGUCCCUUAGUGCCCCUCUCUCUGCCCCCCUUGAUCCGCUCCCCUCCCUUCCCCCCUUAGUGGUCCUCUCCCCUCCCCGGUAUGCCUCCUACCUUUCCUGUACCCGGCCUGACUGAGAGGAAGUGCUCACUGAGAGAGCACUUCCUGUCAGUCUAGCGGUAUAUAGGAAACUGAAGCACCUGUACCGCGGUCUGCUCUGCCCGGCCACGCUGUCUGCUCUGCCCGGCCACAGUAAGACAUUUAAAAAAGGGGAUAAGAAACAAAAGGUGGGUUAUGAGUCAUACAGGUGAAGAUGCUUUUUUUUGGAGGGGCGCCAAAAUCAUCUUCGCCUGUGUACCCAAAAAUCCUUGCACCAGCCCUGUACACAUACUUGUGUCUGUUUUUUGUUUGUUUGGCCAAGAGUUUAUAAUCUAUUAAAUUAGUUAGUAAGAAAAGUAACAAUCUUCCACACAUCUCUCAAAUGAUUGUGGACUUCCAAACAAACGUAGCAGCAAAUAAAGUACAAAUCCAAGAUGCAACUGCAAAAAAAAUAAUAUAUAUAUAUAUAUAUAUAUAUAUAUAUAUAUAUAUAUAUAUUGCUCAGUUAUCUACUGAUGCGUAAUGUCCCAUGUAUACAUCAAUAUCAAGGGCAUAAAAAUAUCACAGGACAAGGCUUACGCCAGUCAAUUUCAAGGAAGAAAAAUUGCAACUCACUGAGCAUCACAAGAAUCCUGGCUUUGUUUUUUGAGAGGCAAUUCCAUUGUACAGUGUUUUUGUUGGCUCUUGAUAAAUAUUAAUAAUAAUAAUUGUAAUUACCCUAACAAUUCCAUUACACACCAUUCUAUUGACAUAGCCAGUACUGAACUGUACUGAAACUAUACGUGUAUGAAUUUACAACUAUUACAAAAUUAGUAUUUCAUAUACACGGUAUGCCACAAUUUAAGUAGAGGGAUACAUUUCUAUCUGAAAAAACAUAGGCAUGUUGUAAAAUAAAUUGGUGAUAGAUAUAAAAUAUAAAUUAAUUGUAAUGUAAUUGUUCUACUAUCUGCUUUAUCUUAUGUAUAACAACAGAAAUAAUUGGAUUAUGUAUUUGGCAACAAUAGGAAAAUUUGUCUUAAAUUCAAACAGAUUAAAUUGCCUAUUAAUUAGUUGAAUUUCCGAUGCUUGUUAUAUUUCUAUGCAAAUGUGCUUUCACUAGGGAAAGUAAUUAAGGAGAAAGAUGCCUUGCAAAGGUCAUGGAUUGGUGGCAUCAUAGAACAGUUAAUGGAAUUCAUACAUAUAACAUUUACUUCUUUUACUGAAAAAGCUUUUGUUGGAGAGUUAUUUAAAUCCAUAUUAAAAAAAAUAUAGAGAGGGAUUUUUUUUUAAAUUCUUUAUUUUGUUGUGUAUGAGUGUAAAUACAGACAGCUUUGUAAUGCCACAAAAGCAUCCACAGGUACAUAAAUAUAGAUAUUAAACUGGUACAUGGCUUUGAAAAUUCUGCACAUUUUUAUAUUAUAUAGGAAACAUGCUAAGAAUCCACAUCUAGAUGUAAGUGCUAACUAUAUGAAGACGGGUAUUGUAGAAAGACAUAGUAGGCAAAAGAUAUAUAAGCAGAUUUUACCACCGCAGACUGCUCUAGAGAUAUAUUUCAUUUUCAGCAGGAGAGCAUAGAUUGUAGACAAAGAAAAUCAGGAAUAGUGUAUAUUAAGUAGAAAACUAUAAUGAGCAUGUAGGAAUCAGUAUACUGGGGUAUAUCAGGCAACCAGAUGCUCAACAUGGCAGUCAGCCUAUUCUCAUGAUAGGGAAUUUACAGUCCCACUUUAAUUGUGCCUGUCUUCCCAGAGCCAAGGGUAUCAGCUGUGGGUUCUGUGUCUGCAGCUGCUUUCCUCCCAUCCCUUCAUCUAGCCUGACCCAUAUGCUUGAGCUUCUGUUUUGUGGCAUUGGGGCUUGGCGACAUAUUGCAGGUUUCACGAUGCGGCGCUUAUGCGGCCUCUUCCGCAGGUAGUCGGGAUGUAUGGAGCAGUUCUGGAUGGGCCAGGUAAAGCCUCCACAGCCUCCAUAUCAGGUAGGUGUAGCCUACACCUCAGCUUCUGCCAGAAAGCUUCAAAUAGUGCUUUCAGACGGUGCAUAAUAGUAGGUGUCUCAUUGCAGGAAUCCAGGGUGCUCAUGGUGCCCACCAUUUUAGAUGCACCUCUGGCAGUAUCGCUGACUUCUGGGGUACCUCCACAAAUCCUUGCUGGGGUAUGGGAGUCUCUGGGGUGGGGACCGGGACCUCCCCUGCAGGUCCAAAGGUGGGGUAGCGGGGUGUCAGUUCCAUUUUCGUAUCCCAACUUGUGCCGGGCCAGGAGAUCUGCCGUCUCUCCCUCCCUCAGCACACAGUAGACCACACAUGCAACUGGCGUCUGGAUGGACACAGGAGACCGCAGGUAGCACACCCAGACCGGUCAGUCGGUUCUUAUAACAGAAGGUAUGUUGCAGAGUGUGAGAAUAUAGCUGGAACAGCAAGUAAAUUGGCUUUUUUUCUGAUUUUCUGGAGGAGCUCUCUAAAAACCCAUCCAGUCGCCAUGAUAGUCAGGCCCCACCCCACCGAGAGAGGGAUUUUUAUGUUUUAACAGUUCAAAUGUGAGGAAUAGCAUGUCUAAAUAUUCCAAUCUGUGCUUUACAAACUGAUAUCAUGGAAAUGAGGCAGAGACAUAUACAAAGGGAACAUUAGAUUAAAAAAGCAGUUUUAGUUAUACAUGUGAAAUUUGUUUCAUUCCGAAUGCAAAUUUGGAUGAAUUUUGGAAAUUUGGACAUUCGGAUGCUUCUGAAUCUCCGAAGUGCCAAAUUUCGGAAUGCCAAACCGAACCUAACCGAAUUGCCGUAGUGCAGAAUUUCCAAAGUGCUUCGGAUUUCUGAAAAGUGGCAAAACAGGAGAGGAUUGGGGUUAGGGAUGGGGGUAGGGUUAGUGGUUGGAGUAGGUUUAGGGGUAGGGUAACCCUAAUCCUAACCCUACCCCUAAUCCUACCCGUACUCCUAACUAUACCAUAACCCUACUCCUAACCCCAACUUAACCCUUACCCUACCAUUGGGUCUAUUGAUUAUGCUAUUUAAUGUCAAAUUUAACUUACUAAUAUUAGAUCAAGGCAGCAAUUUAUCUUUGUUAAUUAGUGUCUCUGAAUACACAUUGAUGCUAAAUCUCCUUGUGCAUGCUUUUAAAACUUACUAACUCAAGUAACAUCCCAUUAGCUGAUUAGGUUGUCAUAAUCCAGUUGAAGAAUGUAGUUUACUAUUGUUUUAACUUAAAGGAACACUCGGGGCACCCAGACCACUUCUGCCCAUUGGAGUGGUCUGGGUGCCAACUCCCACUACUCUUAACCCUGCAACUGUAAUUAUUGCAAUUUUUUUAAUAAACUGCAAUAAUAACCUUGCAGGGUUAACUCCACCUCUAGUAGCUGUCUACUAGACAGCCACUAGAGAGCACUUCAUGGUUUCUAGCACAGGAAACCUGUGCUAGAGCAUCGCUGGACAUCCUCGCGCUAUGCGUCACUCCCAGUGGGCAGGAUUAGUCUCGCCCACCGGCCGACGAAAUGCAGAGGAUGAGCGGCGGCGGAGGAGGAAGCAGCGACGUGGGACAAGAUACUGAAGGGGGGUUUACCCCUUCAGCAACCGGGGAUUGGGGGUGGGAGGGAGAGGAGACCUGCAGUGCCAGGAAAACAGAUUUGUUUCCUGGCACUGGAGUUUCCCUUUAACACCUACAUUUUAUUUACAUUUUGUCUAAUUUAACAAUCAUGUGUGUUUGUUUUGUAAAUGUUUAAAGAAAAACUCCUGGGAUUAGUGACAGAGUUUAAAUUGUAAUUACAGAAUGUAGGUUAAUAUGGCCCAUAAACAAAUUGUAGAGUGAAACUGCAAUUGCUUUGUUUUAUAAUAUUUUUUUUAUAUUUCAGCAUAUUUCUUUAGUAUGAGAUCUACAAUGCAAUGGAGUGUAAUGGAGCAUACAAUGUCUGUAAUUAUAUACAGACAUUUGUAAAGAAUAAAAUCAGGCUUAAAUAGGAUAUACAUGCUGUAAUGCAUUUUCUAUUUUUGACACAUUAUCCUAUGAAAAAUUUAAAUAUUAACAGGGUUAAUGGAUUCUGGCUAUCCAUGCAUUUUCAACAAUGUGAUCAUUUUUCCUACUAAAUGUUAAAUUAAACUGGUUGAUAAAAGAUCAACGUUAAUGUUUCUGGUCAACCUGAUAAAAUUAAAUAUAAACAAAGAUAUAUAUCAAAACCACAUAAAAAAGAAUAAGCCCAAAAACGAGUGAAGUGGUAGAAAAUAACCAUAAAAUACAACCUGAACGUUGAAGAAUGGCAGAGUAUUAUCUACAAAAUAUAAAUAAAUAACAUAACAUAGUGUAUACUGUAUAUUACAAAUGUAUAUAAAAUAGAAGGUGGACAACCACUCACAUUUACCAGAGCCGUACCAGGCUCUGUGUAGCAGGCUCAAAGGUGCCAAUUCAGGCUGACAGGAUUCCAGAUAAUAAGCAGCAUUUCGGCUUGGUAGCCUUCUUCCAGUGCCGAAACGCGUUUGCUGCUAUUUACUGCUGCUAUUUAUCAUUUGUAUUGUAAUUUUUUAUCUUCUUAUAUUACUCCAUUGGUUUUUUCAAUUGGGGUAAGUGGAUACCUUUUUUUAUAUUAUCUGUUAUUGGGUUCCACUCCCCUAUAACCAGGAGUUUGCUUAUUAUUUUUUAAUAAAUAUAUAUCUUUUUUACUAUGGAAUUUCUCCAUUUAUUAUCUGGAAUCCUGUCAGCCUGAAUUGGCACCUUUGAGCCUGCUACACAGAGCCUGGUACGGCUCUGGUAAAUGUGAGUGGUUGUCCACCUUCUAUUUUAUAUACAUUUGUAAUAUACAGUAUACACUAUGUUAUGUUAUGUAUUUAUAUUUUGUAGAUAAUACUCUGCCAUUCUUCAACGUUCAGGUUGUAUUUUAUGGUUAUUUUCUACCACUUAACUCGUUUUUGGGCUUAUUCUUUUUUAUGUGGUUUUGAUAUAUAUCUUUGUUUAUAUUUACUCUUAUCUAGUGUCUGGGAAACACUGUUGUAUCAACCACUUUGUUAUAUCCAUUAUACUUCCAUUUUUGUGAAGCGCCUACCCACUAUCCUCUACUUUCUCAACCUGAUAAAAUAUAUGAUCCUGUAGCGUGGUUGAAGGGACUACAGAUGACAGUUAUCAGUGCAGAGUUCUGUGCAAAUGUUGCUCACAUCAAGCACAAUGUACAGUCAACACAGUUGUGAUUCUGUGUAAUACAGUAAGCAGUAUACACAUACAAACAUAUUUGAACGUUGUGUAUUAAGGGGAUCAAGUGGAAACAAUUUUACAGAAUAUGUGAUAUAAUUGCUAUAUGAUAAAUAUAUACAAUGUAAUUCAAUUAUUCUAUCUCAGUAUACUCAGGCUGUGUAGAUCUAAAAAAGGACAUGCAGAUAACACUUUUGUGAGGGGUCUCAAUUUCAUCCCCUCCACCUCGUUAAAGCUUUAUUAUUUUACAGUGCCCACAGUGUUAUCUCCCACAAAUACACAGAGUACUAAUGUAUUAAAAGAAUGUAUCAGUCAAAGUACCUAAUAAAUCCUAAGCAUUGUGAAACUGUCAUAUAAACAUAUUCCAGAAUUACCCCACUACAUGCAAUCAUGAGUAGGAGAUACAUAUAGCAGUAGAUGCGAGGAAGAGAUGCAUGAUAACAUAUUAAAAUUAAAUAAAACAAGAUGAAAUAUCUAACUCCUAUACCAACAGUGCAUUCUUAUAUAAAAACACACACAUCUAAGCACAUAUCACUUUAAAUUACUGUUAGCCUCAGGAUCAAUGAAUAUAGAACGGUAUGCAGAUGAAUAUAUAGAUGUUAAAUACCUUAUUUGUGGGUGAUCACCCCCAGCAGCCAAUAAUCUCUAAUCUAAUUCACAAUUCACCAAAGUGAACAUAAAUUCCAGUCAUGAAAAAUUAAAUGGAUGAAUAGGUUAGAAAGGAGGAGUAUAUAUACAUAAAAAGUAGCUCAGCUGCAUGAAAGCAUGCCUAGGAGCCUACAAAAGCUAAUCUAACUCAAAAUCGCCGCCCACUUACCAGAAAGAUAGGAUACCAAAAACUAUUUGUAUUAAAUACACUUCAGUGAAUAACCAUAGUGAAUACAAGUGAAAGGUGUAUGGUGUAAAAGAAAAACAAAGUAAAUGCCUGACAUGAGUUUCGGUGAGCAGACGCACCUUAGUCAGAGGCCAAACAAGUUUAAAAUAUUACUGGUUAAUUAAGGAGCAGAGAGUCUCUCCAAUCCAGGAUGGUGAUCAUUCACAUGUUUAUAUCAUGAAAUGAAAUAGCCUGCUUGGUGUAUGGUUCCACCCUCAGUGCUAUCAAUCUCCCCAAAUUGAGCUUCAGUGUAUAGUAAGGAGCUCGAUUGCAAAUAGUCUAUUGGGCAAACAUUCUAUUCCAAGAUGCUCUGUUGUACCAAUUCUCCCAAUUGGAUCGUGAUAUUGUUUUCCAGAUAUAAUCUGACUACGAGGGGAGCCCCAUGUUAAACUUGCUCUCAAAUGUUCAUCAUUGGCUACAAAGAAGUCAUAUACAUUUCCGUUCGUGCGUAUAUUCUUCUUCCAAAAACUCUGCAAUAUUCCAAAAGAUUAGUAUAAAUACAUAGCCUAUGACAAAACAAUCAUGGGCCAAAAUAGAAAUAUGUAUGUGGUCUUUAUAGUCCACAUCAAUUCCAGCCACACACAAUUAUAGAUAUAUUGCCAGUUGUGGCAGUGAAAACUGACAAGUUAAGAUAGUUCACAUAUGUCUGUCUUUGCAGAGCUCUGUUUAGCUUUCAACUAAUCACUUAUUUUUGAAACAGGGGUACUUGGGAUGUUUUUUCAGACCUUCAGGUGUACUUCUCUGUAAAAAGUUGAGUAAAACAACCCUAGGGCAACCCCCAACCCUAUUGUAAGAAGUCAAAUUAUUUUAGAAAGGUUUGACUUUUUACCUGGGGCCUCUACGUACCACUUUCUACCUACACUACCUAGAGCUGACAGACAGCUUACCCAAUGAGGAGUACAUUGGGCAGCAGCAGCAGCUGUGGCUGCUUCUUAAUCUUUAUAUAUCUAGUAUUCCUGCAAUACACCAUCCAACUGUGAUGUGUGAAUGUAAUGUAGUCAUCCAGGAUUGUAUUAAUUCAAUAAACCACCAUUUGACAUGAUUUGUUCAAUUUCUUAUUAAUGAUGGUAGAGUUUCCCAGAAACCCCAGCCACCCCAGCUCCAUUUGUUAUUAUUAUGAUAUUGUUAUACAUAUGAGCAGAUUUUCCUUUUUAUAUAAAUGUCAUUGAAAAAAAUUAUUGUAUACAAUUGAUCAUAAUAUUUAGUCGCAUUAUGAGGGAGUCAUUAAUGUAUCAUUACUGCAAAAACAAUGUGAUCAACAUAGACAUAAAGAUAUGUUUGUGUGUUGAUCAAUCAGCUAUUACACUGUUUUGUUAUUAUGGCCUGCUGCAUAGCCAGAAACUAGAUUUUGGCAGCAUUCCUGAGGCCACCAGUUCAGUAAUAUUCUUGGGUUUGUGUGCUGCAAAUCCAACCAGAGAUUUUCUAUUGGGUUUAAGUCACGUGACUAUAAUGGCCACUGCAAGAAUUGAUGGAAUUUGAGGUAUGCUUGGAUCAUUGUUGUGUUGGAAGGUCAAAUGACGCCCAAGCUUCAGCUUCCUCACAGAUAGCUUGACAUUUUCUCCUUGGAUUUCCUGAUACUUAAAUGUUUCCAUUUUGCCUUCUACACGCUGCAGGUUUCCAGUGCCAGACAAUGCAAAGCAGCCCCAGAGCAUCACCGAGCCUACACAAUGCUUAACUGUUGGCAGAGUGUUCUUUUCAGUGUAUGCUUAAUUUCUUAAUUUCCAAACAUAUCACUGAUCCAUUGGGCCGAAGAAUUUCAGCUUUGUUUCCUUGCUCAACAGAACAGAAUCUCAAAACUUCUGUAGCUUAUUUAUAUGAUUUUGAGCAUAAUGGAGCCAACUUGGAGUUCUGGCAUGGAAACCUGCGUUCUGCGUUUAGUACAUACUUUACUGUGCUCACUGAAAGCUCAUGCCUGUAACCACCAAGUAUUACUGCAGGUCUUUUGCAGUCACUCUGGGGUAUUACAACCUGUCUUCUCAGAAAUCUGGUUGCAGCUAUUGAUAGCUUUAUUCUUCUGCCCUGUCUAGGUGGUUUAACUUCUGUUGCUUCAACUUUAAACUUGCUAACUAUGCUUCCAAUGGUAUCUCUAGGAGCAUGCAGUGCCUUUGCUAUCUUUUUGGUAUCCUGUUCCUUGUUUGUGAAGGAUGUUGGUUUUUCUCUUAACUUUGUGGACCAUUCUUUUGACUUUCUAACAUGCAGUCAAAUGUGACACUCAACAAAUCUCUAGCCAGUUCAGGUAUUUUGAGUGUUCCAGCUCAAGCUCACCUGGUGUAACUAAUGAAUCCCUUUAUUAGUUGCAUCAGGUGUGCUUGAGAGAACACCUGUUUUGCAUAUUUGUGCUGUUGAAAGGGAUUUUAUCCAGGGGGUUGAAUAAUUUUGAGACUGGAGAAGUCAUUAAAAGUAGAUUUUUCAGUUGAAUUUGGUAAAACCACUUAAAGCAUUCAUUGUGUUGCCAUAUUCCAAUUGUUCUGGUUUGAUUUUUUCAUUGCUAACAGCUGAAAGUCUGUAAAUGUAAAAAAAAAAAAUAAACCUGAUUUUUGGGGGUUGAAUAAUUUGGAUUGCAACUGUAACUCAGGGAAAUCCUGAAUGUCCUUGAAUUUGAAUUUCUCCUUGCUCAUGAGACAUUAUGUAUAUUUUUUUAAGAUUAUACAAUUGUCAAAUAUAUAAAUGAAUAUAAUUUAGAUUUCUUAUUUUUUCGCGCACACAUAAACACAUAUAGAAAGUUCAAAAGUCUUUGUUAAUAGAUCAGUGUUCCUUCUGUCACUGUUUUUCAAAUUAAUUUUCUUUUCUGUGUGAGCCUGCAUCUAUAUGUACAGACAAUUAAGUCUUAAAUUCUUCCUUGGUGGGUUUAUAUCAGGCAUUCAUUAUAACAUCAGAAAGCUAACAAAUUGUGUCAAACUGAUUUUAUGCAAUUAUAAAUCUCUACUACAGUGUACUUAGAAGGUUAUAUUUUUCUACAAUUUUUGAAGCCCUACCUAACUCUUACAUUUACAAGAAGACUCCAAGCACCAUAACCACUACAGAGGAAAUUACUAGUGUCAGGUGACUUUGCAUCCUAGUUACCUUUUUAGAUUAGUUUUAGGAUUUAAGAUUAGCUGAAGAUUUCCCCAAGCCUUCUGUUUUGUCUAACAUUGUGCAAUUAAUUGCAGCACUAAAAGAGCAAGAAUGUUAACUUGUUUAGACCUUUUAUAUCAAUAAAGUUAUCACUAAUAUUGUUGUACUCUUAGUGUAUGCUGUUAAAUGCAUAAUGUGACUUGUCUUUACUGUUGCUGCGUGCGGACACAUGUUAGAUGUAUUACACUCCGUUUAGUGACAGUAAUAUUAUAUUAAUUCAUUUACCAUUAACAUUGUUUACCUUAACAAUACAUAACAGUAGCUAGUAACUUAGAAUUCUGCAUAAUUAUGUAAGAUUAUUUACAGUUUUAAAUAACUUGACAUUGGCAGAUUACAUUAGAUAGUGGUGUUGCAGACUGUGGGGGAGAGGGAAGUAAAGGAACCACAGAAUCUGUUGCUAUAAACAGAGUAAGAAAAAAGGGAUAUUCCAAACCUUACAACUACUGCAGCCUAUUGAAAUGGAUAUGGUGCUAGGGGAUCUUUGGGUGCAGAAGACUUCCAAGCACACCCGAGAGGGUUAUUUAAUAAACUGAGAGUUCAGAAUGUAUUCAAAGUGAUUCAGAUUUACACUUUAGUGUUAGGAAUGCAAAGCAGUGUCUCUUUGCCCCACGCCUCCUCCGUUAUUAACGCAAGGGAGAACCUAAUGCGUUUGCACGUUGAGCAACGCACUUACACGCAUUAGACUUUCUCCAUGUGAAACAUUGAAUUAAUACUUUUCUAUGGGGAUUUGCAAGAUGCUGGACAUCCUUGAGGAUGUCCAAUAUCAUUUCACGGAGUUAAAAUCUGAAAAGCCAGGAAGUGCCUCUAGUGCCUUUCUUUAAGAUAGCCACUGGAGGCAGUCUUAACCUUGCAUUGUAAACUUUCUAAAACUGCAAUGUUUUAGGUUGACGGACUAGGGGGACAGGGUGCUUAUAAUGUACCUUUAAGGUAAAUGCAAUGAUACUGACGGCAUGGCGAACUAUGAGUAUUUUUCCAAAUUCUUUUUUCUCUAGUGCCUCAUUAUGGGCUCUUACUUUUUUUUCUUUUGGUUUUCCUUUCAAUGAUGGCUGCCCUUGAUGGUUUAAGGGGAUAUAAAGGGACAGCAUUAGGAAUAAUUUGAAAUAAAAACCUGCAAAGUUAUAGAGCCACAUUAAACUGAGGAGGUGAGCCUGAGGUUCUGGGGAUGCCUGUUGAGGAAGAAAGACAUGCUUUUACAAUUAUCUAUGGUCAAUGUAAGAUUAAAUCCCUUUGCUUGAAUCCCAUUGGUAAAUUAAAUUCUGUUUUAGAAUGAGAAAGUGUAACGAAAAAGUAUCUGCAAUUUGUAUGCACAGUAAAGUGCACGUGUGAGAACGGUCUGGUAUGAAUUCAUAAAGGAAAAUCCACACCUAAAACAUUCAGCAUUAUACAUUAUACACUAGAUCAGGGGUAGGCAAUCUUUUAGCAGCACUGUGCCGAAAUAAGAGUGUGAUGGCCCGUAGCGUGCUGGUCCUAUUUUUUUAAAUUAAGGUGUGUAUGUUGCUGUAUUCUGCUUGUGUUAUUAUACUGCAGUUGCUUUGUAUCAUUGUAUGUAUAUGAGCUAUUAUAUUGUAUAUGUUCAUAGAGUAGUUUGUGGUAUCAUGUAUAAUACCUAUGAAUGUGGGCUGUGUCGAAUUGUGUGUGUGUGUGUAUGGAAAUGUCACAUAGUGUGUUUGGAGGUGUGUGUAUGUGUGGGGCUGUUUGGGGUAUUGUAUGCGAGAGCCUGCAUGUGGGGUUGUGUGCAUGUAUGUGGAUGUUGCAUUUGUGCAGAUUGUGUGUAUGUUUGUGUGUGGGCUGUUCAUAUUAUUUGUAUGCGGGGUGGGUUAUUAUGCAUUUCUAUGUAUAUCUAGCAGUGUUGGUGGCUUCCAUGGGGUCCAAUGGGGACAGGCUGGCCAGGUACAGGUCAAGGACAGGAACUGCAACAGCAGCUGCGGGCUGCUCUACUCCUGUGUGGAUUCCCAUUCACAAGUGCCGGGAGAAAGUGAUCUGAGAUCACUUACUCUACGUGCUGCAAUGCAUAAAUUCCUUCACCACCUUUUUGUUUUAGCAGAUAUCUGAAGUUUCACUGGGACUCCUGAUAAGCCAGACCCGGUUUGGCUCUGGCAGCCUUGAGUGCCGUGCAAAGGCACCUCGAGUGCCGUGCAUGGCACACGUGCCAUAGGUUGCCUACCCCUGCACUAAAUGUUAAUAUACUAUUUUUUCCAUUGAAUGUGAUCAUUUGAUUUGGAGCAAUUUAUUGUGCGGUCUAGUUAAACAUAGCCCAUUGAACGUCUGAUUUCUAUAGAAGGUAUAGAAAUUAGAAUUUUAAUUAAACACUUGAUUUCUUCAUGAAUUCCUCUAGUUUCUACAAUAAAUUUCUGUUCGUGUAAGUUUUUUUGUUUUAAGGUUAUUUCACACAGAGAAAUAUAGUCUGAAACAAGGUUUAAUCCAAGAUAUACCGCCUUUAACAUAUCUGUAUUACAGCUGCAAUGAAUGAGAAAAACCUAAUAUGACUCAAAUAUUCAUUAGAAAGUCAAGCAAAAAAAGUGCUUAAUUAUUCCCUAUGUACACAUUUCAUUACAUUUAGACAGUGAUAAUAUAUUCUGCAACACUGUGCUGUAGGGAAAACCUAGGCAACGUGGGCCUUUAUUGUACUGACAAUCCUAAUCUGCUGUUCUCCUAUUAUGCCUCCUAAUAAAAGUUAUUUUUGAUUUUAAUUACAGUCAGAAGUGAAAAACAUUUCAUCAGGUCACCAGCUCAUAAUCAGAAGGUUUAAGACUGUUUCACAUAUCUCCAUCAAUCAAAUAUGUAGAAGUAGUGGGACCUCCCCUUUUCUCAGCUCAAAUGUAUAAAUAUGCACAUUAAACAUUUUGUGCAACAUUACCAUUAUAUGUGUGAUUUUAGUUUAAAUGACUUUCUCCCUUUGGCUCACAGAAUACAUUUGUCCUUUGAUUUGGGGAUGAUAGUACGUGGAGUUUAAGACAGUGAUUAUUUAACAUUGACAGAGUUAUUCACUAAAGUGAGAAUUGUAACAAAUUUUAAGUCAAAAAAUAGCUGAAUUGGAAAAAUUCUUCAAGUCCACUAUGCUUCAAGUUUGCCAUUUUUGACAUAAAAUUGAAGUCUACUUCGUAUUCUUGACAGUUCUCCCUUAUGCAAAUUACCAUGUUACUGUUGAAAAAUACAUGCUUGUUAAGUGUAUAUUUGAAUCCAUCAGGGGUGUCAAAAAGGUAGCUCCUUUUAAAAUUACAGCUACCAUGAUGCUUUGUCAUUCUAAAGGCAUGGAAAGCAUCAUGGGAGUUAUAGUUCUACAACAUCUGGGGAUCUACAUUUUGGGCACCCCUGCUGUAUAUAAUAUUUGUCCAUUUGCAUACCAUAUCCUUCUGUGCCUUUCAAUUUUGGGAAUGACUUAAAUAUAUCAUCGCUAUAUCAUAUAUCAUGAUAUGCAACUCAGAUUAUAUUGUUUGUCAAAACCUGUAGUUGCAUGCAGGAAUUCUGCCAAGGAAAACUUGAAACUUCUGCCCAUUGGAGUGGUCUGGGUGCCCACUCCCACUACCCGUAACCCUGCAAGAGUAAUUAUUUAAAUUUUUAUAAACUGCAAUAAUUACCUUGCAGGGUUAACUCUAUGUGAGGACCUCCAGCGUCGCUAAAAUCCCCAUAGGAAAGCAUUGAAAGCAUUUUCAAUGCUUUCCUAUGGGGAGGUCUAAUGCGCGUGUGCACAUGCGCAUUAGGUCUCCCCCGCCGGCGGCCACACAUGCGCAGUCGGUCUCCCCCGCUGGCUGAUGUCGGCGGUGGAGGAGCGUGGGCGGACCCUGGACCAGCGCCGAGGGACAUCAGUGCUGGACUUUGGUAAGUCACUGAAGGGGUUUUCACCCCAUCAGCAACCUGGGGUGGGGGGUGGGAGGGAGAGGGGGCCUGCAGUGCCAGGAAAAUGGAUUGUUUUCUUGGCACUGAUGUGUCCCUUUAACAUUUCUGUAACAGCUUAUACAUAUGUUAAUAACACUUGAUAUGUUACAUUGUAUCACAUAUUGCAAAGCAGAAUGUGCUAUGUGCCAAUUAGGAUAAUAAAAAACAUUAUCACUGACAUUAAGCAUUCUAUUCAAGCAUAAAGUAGUUUGUUUUAUGCAUGCAGAUAUGAUAUGGUGGCACUUCAUAGUAUAUAACAUUUCUCAUUAAAUGUUUUGGCUUGCGAAUUGGACCGUUGAAUUAAUUUAUGUGCUAUUUUUUUUUUUAUUUGCUUUGCUAGUUUAGAAGUGUAAUGUAGAAGUAUAGCUUGUUCUGUUUAUGCCCAAUAUAAAUCUAUAGUUAGUAAGUACAUCAAUGACAAAUUUACAAAUAUUUAUAUAUUUACAAAUUAAUCAAUACAUCUGGGAUUGAUCUCUGGAGUCCUAGACUCCACAGGUAAAUCGAUUUUCGGAUUGAAAAUUGAUUUGUUCAAGGGUGAAUUAAAAGGACUACGAUAUGGAAGUCCAAGUUGCACACCUACGGGCACACAUUGAGAAAAAGUGACAGAUGCAUUAGACCAGUGGUUCUCAAACCAGUCCUCAUGGCCCACCAACAGUCCAGGAUUUAUGUAUUUCCCUGUUUUAUUCCAAUGGAGGUACUAACAAAACCUGGACUGUUGGUGGGUCUUGAGGACUUGUUUGAGAAACGCUGCAUUAGACAAAGUACCUGUUGUUUAACUAAUUAUAUAGAUUAAAUUGGAAAAAAAAAAUGUGUAGUAGGUGUACCGUAAAUGAAAAUGUGCAUGCAUUUAAUUAUGCAUUUUUUCAUUAGAGGUAUAUCUAAAAACAGCUUGCCAAAAAGCUAUAGAUCUCAUGUCUGAAGCCUAUGCAAGUCUUUUUCCUUCUAACACUGCCCAGACUUUCUGUGACUCUCCAAUCUCAGACUUUCCAAUGCAGCUCAAUCAGAAGUCUCUGCAAUCAUUAUUGCUAUUAUUAUUAUUUUAUUAUUUAUAAAGCACCAACAAAUUCCAUAGCACUGUAAAAUGACAAUGCAGGCAAUUGCUUGCCUCUUGAAUUUAUCUCCACUGAGCUAAACCCCAGUAAGUAACAGACGUGUUGUCUGACAGCUACGGGGCUCUAAUAUUGUUAAUUUAGAAAAGUACCAAUUUCUAUUGAAAGCUGAAUUUUUUGUAAAAUUAAAAAAAAAAGUCUUAAUUCACCUAAUGGAAUAACACUUAAUGAACUCAAAUGGAUGAUGUUCCAUCUGUAGCCAAAUUACCUCAAUGAUUAAUGCCAUGCCUAAUUAAUAUCCUCUUGAGCUGUUCAAAACGUUGAUUUUAUUUUGUUAUAUGUAUCUUUCAGUACCUAAUGGUUUUGUUAUCACUUUUCCGUUUAAACUAUCUUAUGGUAAGAUUUGAUCUGCCUCAAUACAUAUGUGGCAUUUCUUGUUAAAAUGUCUGCAAAUAUUAGAUAUGAUACACAGGGCUUUUCCCCUCUUAAUGCUUUCUACAACACCACCCCCAAGGCUAUUUACGUGAAAACUAUUUCUAUUAGAAAAAAAUGUUAGUUCUUAUAAUCUAAAAUAGCAAAUUCUUUUAAGGUAUUUUUUAUUUUUUUGUAUCGGGAUUGAAUAGUCCCCAUAAAUAUAGAUUAGCCUUGCAUGGCCAAAAUGUAGAUUUCCAUCUGUCAUACAACUCCCACAAUGCUUGUCAAUGCUGGGGAUCUACCAUUUGCCCAUCCUUGCAGGAUUGUAUUUAGCACUAAGCAGUAUUUGUGUAUUUGAAUGUAAGCAUUUUUUUUUUGUAUGGAGUUUAUGUGUGUGAAUGUAGGGUACUUGUCUAUAGUGUUGUGUAUUUCUAUGUACUGUUGCCAUUUGAAAUCAGUUCCUUACUUGUGUGUUUUACUUGCCUUUUGACACUCAUACAGAUAUAAACAUGGGGAGACAUACAGAUACACAGACAUACAGUGACACACAUGCAGAAACAUAGACAGACACUAGCACACGUACAAAAACACAGAUACACAGAAUGGACACACAUUCAGACAGUGGUGCACACACUGACACACAUGCAGAUACACAGAUACACAGACAGACACAUGCAGAUACACACAGGUAGGUACACAUACAGACAAACAGUUACACGGAUACACAUACAGACACAUAUGCCGAUACACAGAUGUAUAGAUACACAGAUACACACAUGCAGACACAGAAAAUGUACAGUUUUUAGGGUUCAGUUGGCUGACAAGGCUGUUGGGAGUCAGAGGCUUUCCCAGUCUGCACUCCCUCUUCUCUGUCAGCUCCUCCCAAAUGGUUCAAUAUUAUUGAAGGGGUCAUGUUGCACUGUUAAAGAGCCGCAGUUUUGAAUGGGACCCUGAAGACACAUUUAUAAGUGCAUGGACCACCUGAUGGGCCCUUUCGGCAUGUAGCCUUGGUACAGCCACACCGGCUACACCAGUGGUAGUUCUGCCGCUGCUGGUUCCAGCGCUGCCAGUGUACACUUUAUCUCUUUGCCUAUUCCUUUUCUUCCCAAGCUCACCUAACAUUGAUACAUUGAUACAUGCGUGGUAGACAAGACCACUAUUCCCAAUGUACGUGAUGUAACCAUAGGUCAAAGGUCUUACCAUGCCCAAGUUAUCGUAACCUUUCACUCCUUAUACCCUGUAUGAAAGAGAGGAAAAUGGAGGUUUCAUGAAACUUUACUAGUUGAUUCCAGAACUUGCCCAUAAUCCAAAGGGCCAUCCAAAUAUUUUGUAAACAACCCUGUUUCCAUCUCUUCUAUAUUUACUCAGUGACUGGCCUACAAAGCAGUAAUGAAGUAAUGAGGAGUUUACUAUGCAAAGUGUGUCCAUUAUGCAAAAAACAAUAUCAUGACUCCUAAAAUUAAAGAAAGACAUAUGUAUACAUUAAAACUAAAAUUCUAUAUGCUUGGGAACAAAGCAGUAAAAUUAUUAGCCCUCAAACUUAAAACUAACUACUUAAAAACUAAAAUUCCAUAUAUUAUAUCCACAUAUGGUACUAAAAUAUAUAAUCCACAUUAUAUUAUAGAGAAAGUAGCCCGGUAUUAUGCAAAUUUUCAUAAUCCUAUCAGCAAUCUCAAGACCAACCUUUCAAACCUAGAGGAAUUUUUUUUUUUUUAAUUGAGAUCUCUCUCCCAAGGAUAUCGCCUCAGCAAAGCCAAGAUCUAGAGGAUAUACAAUUUCUGAAGAAGUAUGUAAAGCGAUUCUCAUGCUUCCAAAACAUACGGCCCAGGACACAAUGGGUUUCUUACUUUCGUUACUGCAAUAUAAAGUUUGAAGCAUAAUUAAGUUUAGCCUAUUUAACACCAAGUUGUUUACCUACAUAAAGAAUUCGGGAACACUACUUAAGGAAAUGCUGGAUGCCCAUGUUGUAACUUUGCCAAUGCCAGGGAAGCCCUUAAUGGUUUGUGCAAACCUGCGACCAAGAUCUCUUUUAAAUGCUGACACUAAAUUAGAGUUAGAGUUGUUAAGUUUUUGGCAAAACGAAUAAGUCCAUUAUUAGCAGAUUUAGGCAGAGUUGUCAUGGGGGAAAAGUUGGGGAUAAUACAAGACAUUUUUUAAAACUUUAUUGAAUGGGCUCCAACAACCAUAACACUAAGGCUGAUACUGGUGCUGGAUGCAGAAAAAGCAUUUUAUCGCUUAAACUGGAUAUUUAUAAGGAAAUAAACUCUGAUCAAAUUUGGAUUCUCCCCCUCAUCUCUUAAAGGACCACUAUAGUGCCAGGAAAACAUACUCGUUUUCCUGGAACUAUAGUGCCCUGAGGGAGCCCCCACCCUCAGAGUCCCCCUCCUGCUGGGCUCUAGGGGGUGGAAGGGGUUAAACGUACCUCUUUCUCCAGCGCCAGGCAUGGAACUCUCCUCCUCAUCUCCUCCUCUUCGGCUGAAUGUGCAUGCGCAGCAGGAGCCGCGCGCGCAUUCAUAAUGCUUUCCUAUGGACACUGGUGUCUUCUCAAUGUGAUUUGCACAGUGAGAAGCGAGGAAGCGCCUCUAGCGGCUGUCAAUGAGACAGCCACUAGAGGCUGGAUUAACCCUAUUAUAAACAUAGCAGUUUCUGUGAAACUGCUAUGUUUAUAGAAAAAAGGGUUAAACCUAGCUGAACCUGGCACCCAGACCACUUCAUUAAGCUGAAGUGGUCUGGGUGCCUAUAGUGGUCCUUUAAGAGUAUAUUAGCACCAUAUUCAUGCCUUUCUGCAAAUGUUUCAAUAUAACGAAUGGCACAUGCAAGGGAUCCUUUCUAUCCCCUUUACUUUUGUAUUCUGACCCUUGUUGAGACAUAUCAAACAGUAUUAAAACAUAUUGGGAACAAAAACUGUCUCUAUUCGCUGUCAAUGUUUUACUGUAAAUUCAUAUGUAACACGUUGUGGGACAGCUGGCUGACAGCAAGGAUGUUUUAUUUAAAUAAGGCACUAACCUGAUAGAUAAGUAGUUGAUCUUCAUAGUUCAGCCCUGACACAAAUGUUAAAAAUCGAUCCCAACUAUAGCGAUAUUCAUUAUUAUAUAUGCCAAUACGGAUAUGUUUGAUUUUCAAAUGAGUGUGUUUUAGUCACCAAGAGUUAAAUAACAAUGUCGUAAAGAAGUCAUAUAAGCAUUGUAUGUAACUUUUCAUGUUCUCUGUUUCCUUUAUGCUAUUUCAACCUUACCUUUAUUUCACUAUUAUGUAUUAGACUUCCACAAGUCAACACAUUUGUCAAUAAUCUUCAAACACAAUGAUACACUGCAUGUAAACACAGAUCUGUGAACUCACUAUAAACUGAUUUUUGUAUAAUUGACUAUUAGAGUAGUGGAGCGCUUAUGUAAUAAUAUAAAGUGCCUUAUUAUAAAAAAUAAUACACACACACGGUGCAGUAUGAAUAAUGUCACCUCUUAGAAAAACAGGAAACACUUCUAAGACCACUUAAAAAUUCUGAAUCACUUAAUAAUUGAAUAUACAGCUAUUGUGUACCAUGAUGAUUAUCUUAUAUAAGCGUUUGUUACCUUUGUAUCAUUGCUAUGUCGGUCUCUCUUUAUGGAAACUCUUAAUAAAAAAUUACACAUUGGAAAAAAAAAGUACAUAAAAUGAUGUCUUGCAUACACAUUUCUGACUAGGUAAUUUAGUCACUACAUACAGCUAGAUCUUUAGAUUGCGUAAAAGACUGUUCAAUGGAGUGAGAUUUAUCAUGUGGCUAUUAAGAAGAAGCAGCUGACUAAGAGGUAAUCCUAAUUUAUCUAAAAGAAAGCUGCCCUGAGGUCAGGGAUAUUAUUUAAGUUACUGAGCUACAACAGACGUGUAAAAGUCAGAAGUGAAGAUGUAAUAUGUAUUAAUUUAAUACAUUGAUACUAUAGAGAGAAUAGCAUAUUUCACUAUAUCUCAAGUGUCUGUGCCGAAUAAUUUGUCAGACAUAUUUGCUUCAGUGUUUUUGGUUUAAAAUUAAUUCAAAAUGUUCCAUCCAAGUUCCUAAAAUUUGUGAGCAUAGAAACCACGGAUAGGGUCAGGUUUGCCCUCACUAAGGUCAAGGGACACAUGUGGCAAGAGAGGUCAGCCAACAAACAGCAAGAAAAGAACUCACCAGAAUGAUAGUGAGCCUCUGUUUAUUAUGUACAUUAUAAGAGUUGUACUGAAUAGAUCUGGGAUAAUUAUUGCAGAUUGUCUGAAGUAGCUUGGAUUUAUAUGACACUGCAGGAUUAAUAUCCCACUUGGGCCCUAGGUAGGUUACUGCUUUUGGACCUCCUCUUCAUUAUUCACAUAGGGAUGAUGAAUGGGGCCAAGCAAACUCAUAGUUGUGGGGCCCUUGUCUAACUCCUGUGCCCUAGAAGCUGCAUUAUGGUUCAUCCUGAUCUGUUUUCUAAUAAGAGCUCAAAUUAACUUAGUUUACCUACAAUAGCAAAUUUCUCAAAGAGUACACUGUAAAGGUAUACCUACGACAUACAAAGGAGUAGCAAUUUAGGACAUAUUUUACAGCGUUGAUCAAACAUUUUGAUUCUAAAGUAAGAAUUUAAAUUAUUUUUUUUUAAAUGUAACCUAGAUAAAACCAUCUCCUGGUCUUGUUUCCCAGUAACUAUUAGACGCCAAUAAAAUUUGGUUCUGCCAAACCAAAAAGUAGAAAUGUAGAAAUGUAAAAAACAAGGAAAUAGUGGGGGGAAAGUGAAUGACCUUUCACCUGAAGUCUGUGGGUAGUCAAUACAUUGUUAAACACAUAUCUUCACACACCAGUUAAACCAUAAGACUUGCUUUUCCCACAUAAAUCUCAAAUUUGCAGUGAUGGUACUACCGCAGGGGAUUCUGGGUGGGCAUAUGCAAAUUAGUUAAACAAUGAAUCAAUUUUUUACUUCACAGUGUGUGUGUGUGUAUGUGUUUUGGGGGGGGAGGGGAUGAAGAGAGAUGGGGGGAUGUAUGAUCGGAGAGAGAUUGUCCCUGCACUGGAUUACAGAUAAGUUGUUGUUUUUCCCUUUUAACUAUAUAUAUAUAUAUAUAUAUAUAUAUAAUAAGUAGUGUAAAGAUAGUACUCCAAGGACUUCAGAAAUAUGGUGAAAAAACAUAUCUUUAUUCAGGCAUCAGCCUAGGUGGAUCAACGUUUUAGUUCACUAAUGGAACUUUCGUCAGGACGAAAUAUUUCUGAAGUACUUGGAGUGCUAUCUUUACACUACUUAUUUUAUAUUUAUUGCUGACCAGCACCAGGCCGAUUAUCUCUUAACAGGAGUGCAAGCAUUGGAUUUUAUAUAUAUAUAUAUAUAUAUAUAUAUAUAUAUAUAUAUUUUAUUUUAUUUUUUCUUAAAAAUCUAAAAAUAAAAUCCACAAUAAAAACAAAAAUCUCUCUUGAUAAGAAUAAAAAAAGUUAUGAGAUAAAUAUACAUAAAAAAGGAGAGGAACUGGGUAGGGUAAGAGAGCUAUAUAAUAAAACUACAUUUGUUUGUUAUCUAGUAUGUUAGCAGUUAUAAAUCACUAGUCCUAAAUUACUAACUUUCUUCUAAUAUAAUUCUAGGUUUAUAUGAUGGCGAGUGCUGCUACUGAUUUAAAAAAUAGUACAUUAUGUUACAAUCAAUAUAAUAAAACAGGCAAUGUUAGUAUUUUUAGUAUCCUACACUGUAAGAUACUAAUUUAUUGUGUCACAUUUCAGCUCUGAAGAUACAUACUGAGCAUUGUAUGUGCAUUAAUAAAGUGAAGAACAGUGGUGUGACAUCCACGAGUCCCCUGGCCCUAAUCAAUAGAUACAUUGCAGGGAGGUAAUAAACUGGCCACAUAGUAUCGGCAUGGUAAAAUCUGUAAAUGCAUCCAAAUCCAUGCCAGUUACGAUAUCUGUAUUCCAAAUUCCACAAGCUAUAACCCAAACUAUUAAGCAAGUAGCAUGAUCACGCUGGACUGCAUCAACUGAACUAAGAGUGGACGAGAUGCAUCUCUGUUUGUACACCAUUCCUUUUAAACUGUAAAUAAAUUUGAGUAACAAAUCUUAAAGAUAAAACAAACAAAAACAUUGCGUUUGUUAAAAAAAAUAAAAAUGUAUCCUUACUAAGGGACUUUUGUUAGGUAUUUUAAAGGCCUGUUUAAUACUACAUUCAUUUGGGGGCUUAUUAGUUUUGGGGUUUUUGGGGGGGGGGGGUUUGCUGAGGAAGUUGUUUAUUGCUUUUUUUAAAUGGUUUGCUAAAAACAUGAGUUGAUAAAAGUAUUGAUAGAACACGUAUUGAUAGAACACAGAUUUUAUGAGUCGGGUUUUGAUUGUUAUUCUUUUGACAUAAUAGUUUUAUCUUAUCUCUUUACUUUGUAGACAGAAUUAUUUUGUUAAAUCUUCAAUACAUUAGAUGUAGUUCACUGUAAGUGUUCAAAAAAUAUAGCUAUCACUAUUUAAUUGCAUCAUUUAAUGAAGUUAAAUGGACACUGUAGGCACCCAGACCACUUCAGCUCAUUAACCCCUUAAGGACACAUGACGUGUGUGACACGUCAUGAUUCCCUUUUAUUCCAGAAGUUUGGUCCUUAAGGGGUUAAAGUGGUCUGGAUGCAAUGUCCCAUGCCCCUUAACCCUACAGUGGUAAUUGAAGUUUAUGAGAAACUCCAAUAAUUACCUCUGAGGGUUAACUCCUCCACUAGAGGGACUUCUUGAAUCGAAACGGAUUUGGUCCAUUGUCUGAUGCUGGACGUCACGCUCUGCAUCGGUGCUGGAUUCAGGUAAGUGACUGAAGGGGGGUGAGGGAGAGGGGCACUGCAGGAGCCUAUAGUGCCAUAAAAACGGGUGUGUUUAAUGUAUUAAUAUACAUAAGCUCACCUUUUCUUUUAUAUGCUGCAUAAAACUGAAAGUUAUGUAAUUUAAAUUCUACAUUGUUCACAAGUUAAGAGUAAUGAUCUUGAAAACUGCCAGAAUAUUAAACUUAAAUAACCUUCUGUCAUAAGCCAAUUAAUGGCUCUAGGAUUUAGCUACACCAAAAGACUGAGAAAACCGAUUUAUAUAAGCAGUACAACAAGAGAGAGAAUUUUUUUUAGAAAAUACAUAUGUCUAUGCGCAUGUCAGUGUAAGCACUGGAGAUUGUGCUACUUGUCAAUGUAUUUAUGUAACUCCAUGAAUUUGUAUUAAACACAUGAAUCCCUCUAGUUCUGUUAAAUUCAUUUGAAUGUUAUAUUUCCAAAUGAUAUAGUGGUAGAUAAACUGGACAUAGUCCCACUUGACUUCAGUGUGCCAUUGGCAAUCUGAAACAUUAACAAAACUUGUCAUUCAAAUUUUCCUUUUUGUAUUGACUCUUUAAAAGCCCACAUGACAGGAGGCUACUCAGACAAAAGAUCACAAAAAAGGAACUUAUAUAGUAUGGGUAACAAUAUUACUUACCCAUAAGAGCUGGUUUGGGGUCUUUGCCUCAAUCAUUUUUUUUUUUUAUUUAUAGCAACAUCAUGCAAAUAAAGGAUGAUGUUUAGCUAUGUAAGUUGUAGGCAACCUUUGGCACUUAAGAUUUUUUGGAAAAAAUCCAGAAAAACACAUGUCAAAAAAGUUUUAAAUUGCUUCUGUGGACAGGUGUCUUUUAUACAGGUAACAAGCUGAGAUUAUUAGCACUUACCUGUAUAGAAGACACCUGGGAGCCAGAAAAAUUGCUGAUUGAUAGGGGAUCCAAUACUUAUUUCACUCAUUGACAUGCAAAUCAAUUUAUAACUUUUUUGACAUGCGUUUUUAUGGCUUUUUUUUUAUUUUAUUCUGUCUCUCAUUGUUAAAAUACACCUACUAUUAAAAUUAUACACUGCUCAUUUCCUUGUCAGUGGACAUAAUUCAAAAUCAACAGGGGAUCAAAUACUUUUUUCUCUUGCUGUAUGUAAGUUAACUGAGGAAUAUUCUUGUACCUUAAUAAGCUGAAUGAUCCUAGAGGUAUUAGAAAAAAAAUCAUGCUGUUUUAUAAAUAGAUUUUCAUGAAUUUGCAGUCAUUUCUGAUGCAGUAAAAUAUUUAAGGCGGGAUUACAUUUAUCUCCAGUUUCCAUAUGGAUUAGAUGAAAGUAUAAAGAACUGUGUCAGCAAUUGCAGCUGAAAAUGUAAUACCGUGUAUCAGCUUGAAUCCCAGAUUUUUAAUAUACUGAAAUGUUAAAGUAACUGCUUCUCUUUAUCAUCUAUGAAAAUUAAAGGCAUUUCCAUUUUGACAUCUCCUUUUCCAUUUACCUUUUUUUCUACUAAGAGUACUCUCCUGAGCAAGGUGCAAUGAUAUCCUAGGAGAAUAGCCAGGGUUUAGAAAAGUACAUUUGCCAACUGGUGUGGGCUGAGAGUUCUUGCAUAAGCUAAAUGCAAGGCCUGAACGCCCAAGCAGAUUUGUAGAAUACAGCAUCAUACAAACCAAGCGUCCAUAUUUAGGAAGCACUGUCCCAAUUUGGGCUCAAAUCUCUCUGUUCUCUUUUCUAGGAGCUCCAUAUUGUUGGUGUGUCUAUUUGUCACAGAGCACCACAGCAAUAAUACUCACAGUAAUGUGUCAUUAAACUACAAUAAAUGAGUUUAGAAAUCUGUCUGUGUAUAUCAGAUACAUGGUUCUUGUACUAAAUUACCUUUUAGUUGUGUAAAUUGUUAUCAGUAAAUUGCCUAAAUUGUCUCAGAACAUCCCUGCACGUGACCACACUCCCAGUCACACUCCUUAAAUAAAAUGGUCACUUUGAAAUGUUAGGAGGUAAGAAGCAAUAGCCGUAGAAUUGGUGGAAUCUAAAUUGAGGUGUUUUAUUUUUUGUCCCCCUUUAAUGAAAUAUUCCCACUGCUAGAAGAGGAGAUUAGUCAGUAUUAUGUAGAUUAUGUGAGAGAAGACGUGGUGGAACUGAAAUAACAAUAUAGUGUUGCCAGAAGUUGAUUGAACACACAUUGCACAAUACACAUAUAUAGAUUGAUACGUUUGAGUAAAGUUUGAAUGACUUUUCAAACCCAUUGAACACAGGCAGCAGGAAACAGGCAUGUGGCAGAUGUUACAGGUCACCGACAUAUUUCCCCAGUCCAGGGAAUUGUGGUCCUUUUUCAACUGGAAAGUGGAGGUAGAUCAUUUUUCUCAAACCUGUAUGAUUCCGCACAACCUUCUCAAUACAAAUAUAGACAAUGGUUUACAGCAUGGUUGUGGUGUUGCGAGAAACCACUUACCACAAUGUUCCUGGCUACAAAUACUGCUGGUGCCAACCAUUCAUGACUGUUGAUUUAAUAAAACUAUGUUGGGCCCUUGACACAUCACCUGCCACUGAGCCACCACAAUCUUGUUGUGCUUAGUCAAUGUUCCUCAACAUAUGGAUUGAGUGGAGUCAUUAAUAUGAGAAACAUACAGCAAGGGUUUUAACAAAUUGCAAGAGUGUGGUAUUUUCUGAAGAUAGCAAGACAACACAAUCUAGAGUUGAAGAAAGGGACAUUUAAGAAACAGAUUUUAAAGAUGCAUGGAAAAUCCCUCCCGUAGAUUUGAAAAAGGCUGAUACAGUGAAAAAUAUAUGCAUUUACAUACUGCUGUCUGAAACGAGAAACAUUUACUUGAAACAGUUGACUAGAUAGGAUAAUUAUUAUUAAUCUCAUUAAAUACUUUUUCUAUAACUGUUUUACUAAAGGUAAUAAAUGACCUUUAAUCCCCAUGCCAGACCAAAAGUAUUUUAGUUCAUUCAAAGUGUAUAAGGUAAUAAGAUGUUGCAGAAAUGUAUUUCUUUGUUAUAAUGUAGAAAAAUAAUUGUGGUUUUUAAUUUGUGACCAAGUAAUGGUUCAUCAUUCAUUUUGAUCAGAGAGUCUGGUAGUUUAACACAAAACAAAAUAAACAUAAAUGAAUGCUUGCAAAUGCCAAAUAUAUUUGAGUGGAGAAUGACUGCUUUUCCACUUAAUAUUACAUUUUUUCUUUACUUUUGUAAUUUACUGCAUUAAUAAAAAACCAAGCAUGCAUUAUAACAUUACAGUAUAACUACAGUGAACACAAGCAGAGGAUAUUAGCAUGGAAAUAAGAAAAAAACUAAAUAAAAAUAUUACUAUCUAAUAUACAGUAAUUUCAGUCUAUAAUAGUAGUCCUAAUGUUCUCUAUUAAAUUUUGAAGGAACAUUAGUGAAAUGUCCCAAGAUGCUGCAACUUUCCAAACAGACAUUUUAAACUCUCUGUAGUACCUUCCUGUGGCAGCCGGUGAAAUAUUAAAAUGGUGGAGACAAGGUGCUAAAAUCGUAAAAUCUGAAUUCUUUUUAAUCUAUAUAAUGAGAGCCCCAGAACAGAAGGUAAUAUACAUGUUUAUAUUCUGGGGAUCUGAUGUCCCACAAACAGUAUGGGCAUCAUCAGAAAUCUCUUCCAGAUACACACUGCGAAGGUCUGAGAUCUGUACCUAGACAGUUUUGUUUUUUAAACGAAUGUCAUAAGCUACUGAUAUAUCUAAUACCUCUCAACAGAUUCUCCAGACUGCCAUGAACCAGGGGGUAUAUGAAACUGCAGAACUGGGAUCAUUAAAGAGAGAUACAACAGCCCCAACACACACACACACACACACACACACCUUUAUUUAAAAAUAUCCCAAAUCAAAUUAUAUAUAUAUGGAGAAAAUAGGACUAAUGGGUUGCAGAUUAUGAACAAUCUGCCUCCCAAAAAGACCUUGUAUCCUUAUGUGAAAAAAGCUACUCUGCAAUUAUAAAUAUAAAAGUGGAGCGCAGAGAGCAAAAAACGAAAAACUCUUUAUUAAUCCCUCUUGGGUAUAUAUAUAUAUAUAUAUAUAUAUAUAUAUAUAAUGAUUUGGGAUAGUGCCUUACACUCAUAGAUGUGAAUGCUCUCCUUAACGUUUUAACUUAACUAUCAGGAAGCCUCUUUUUGUAGUUGUGCUUCAGCUAUUAGACCAUAUUUUCUGGCGACUAACAUUGUAGUGAAAAGUGACAUUUCUCCCAGUGCCCGGCAUCAUUACUGUGUAAGCCAUCGGGAAGCUGUGACAUUUGAACUAGCUCUAGUACAUCUCUAGUCACCAGGGAACCUGAUCAUUUAGCCUUUAGGGACUGAAGAACUACUGAUGGUUUCCACCUGUGGCUACAAGUAAUCUUGGCUUGCCACAGCUUAAUUAACCCUUACCAAGGGUGAGUGGAACAUUUUAAUCAUGUAAUUUGCACACAAUUUUUCUAAAAUUCUUGUACACUAGAUGGACAACCUUAGGUAAAAGAGGAUGACCCUAUCAAUGACUAGACUUGCAGCCAACUGUAUAUUGAAUGCAUGUGUUCAUAGUGUUAGAUUUGUUUUGGUGGUAACACAGGACAGUAUAUAUUAUAUAAAAUGUCAUUUUCACUUUUAUAUUCUCAUGGUUUUUCAUAAAACAUAAAAAAUAAAACUGUUAGAUGUAUCCAGAGCACAAAUACUAUACUAAAUAAAAUUCCUAAAUAAAGCAUUGUGUGGCAUAUAUAAUGUAAAAAUAGAUCUGCAUCUUUGGUUACACCAUUAUUUUUAGCUCACUGUGAUAAACCACAGACCUUUCAUGAUAUAAUUAGUUUAAAUGAAAAGAAUGCAAUCUGAAAUGCCAGUCGGCUUUGUUUUAAUGGCAUCAUGAAAGUUUAAAGUUAAAUAUUAUUACAGGCUCACUCCUGCACCAUGAUAACCUAUACUUAUUUAUAGAGUUCUCCUAUCAAUGCGCACAAUGGCUUAUUACUGAGGAAUUAAAAUUGUCAGAUGCAUAAUAUGUCUGACAAAAUUUAAUCAAAUAAACAAUGCUGUGAAUUAGUUGUGUGUUUCUAAAAUGUGCACAGUUAUACUUAAGCUUCAUAACAAGUGUCCAUAAUUCCCUUGGUUUCUGAAGACUAUAUUUCCUAUAAUGUCCAUACUUGUGAAAGGGUGGGGCAUAUGAAGGGAGGGUAACGAGAUCAGGAAGAGGACGAUCAACGUUAGCUACAUCCAUCUGGCACUGAAAAGUCCUGCAUUUAAGGGUCUGUUGGGUGGAGCUGUUACUAUUACCUUGAGGCAGCAGUUAAGUUCAUUUUUGUUAAUGAAUAUAACUGCGGCUCAGUGUUAAAGUGCAUAUCCCAGCAACCCCAGCAAUAUUCCACCUCUCUAGAUUUGAACUGCACAGACUGCAUACAUACAGUUGUGCUCAAAAGUUUGCAUACCCUGGCAGAAUUUGUGAAAUCUUGGCAUUGAUUUUGAAAAUAUGACUAAUCAUGCAAAACAUUUAUUUUACUGAUGGAUAGUGAUCAUAUGAAGCCAUUUACUAUCACAUGAUUGUUUAGCUCGUUUUUAAAUCAUACUGAUAACAGAACUCACCCAAAUGGCCCUCAUCAAAAGUUUACAUACUCUUGGAUGUUUGGCCUUGUUACAGACACACAAGGUGACACACACAGGUUAAAAUGACAAUUAAAGGUUAAUUUCCCACACCUGUGGAUUUUGAAAUUGCAAUUAGUGUCUGUGUAUAAUGAGUUUUUGGAAGCUCUCACGUGGAUGCACUAAGCAGGCCACAUACAGAGCCAUGGGGAGCAGAAAAGAACUGUCAAAAGACCUGCAAUGGAAUUUUAUAAAGAUGGAAAAGGAUAUAAAAAGAUAUCCAAAACUUUGAAAAUAUUAGUCAGUACUGUUCAAUCACUUAUAAGAAGUGGAACAUUUGGGGAUCUCUUGAUACCAAGCCAAGGUCAGGUAGACCAAGAAAGAUUUCAGUCACAACUACUAGAAUAAUUGUUCUGGAUUCAAAGGAAAAACCCACAGGCAGCCUCAGGAGAAAUACAGGCUGCUCUGGAAAAAGACAGUGUUAUUGUUUCAAGGAGCCAGUGGCGGAUGCAGAGCCGGAUCUCCCGGGGAUGGGGAGGCUCUUGUAGAUUAUUUAAAUAAAUAAUCCAGGCACAAUAACCACUACAGCUCAGUGUAGUUGUUAUGGUGCCAGUAGUGCAAGGACCCCAUCCCAGAGUAAGUAGUCAAACCGUUUAAGAACAGUUUGAUAACUUACCUGGGGUCUGCUGCGAUAUAGGGCAUAGGAGCAGUGGUAUGUGUGAGGGUUGCAGUGUGUGUGAAAGGUGCAGUGUGUUUGUGUGUGUGGGGUGUAGUGUGUGAGCGGUGAAGUGUGUGUGUGAGUGCGUGAGGGUGGCAGUAUAUGUCAGGAGUGAAGUAUGUGUGGGGCAGUGUGUGUGUGAGGGGGCAGUGUGUGUGUGAGGCUUGCAGUGUAUGUGUGUUUGGGGCAGUGUGUGUGGCAAUGUAUGUGGGGCAGUGUGUGUGUGUGUGAGGGGGCAGUGAAUGUGUCAAUGUGUGGGCAGUGUGUGUAUGGGCAGUGUCUGUGUGGGGGCAGUGUGUGUAUGGGGCGCACUGUGUGUGUGUGUGGGGGGCCAUGUGUGUAUGGGGGAAAUGUGUGUAUGGGGGGCAGUGUGUGUGUGGGUCAGUGUGUGUAUGGGAGGGUCGUGUGUAUGUGGGGCAAUGUGUGUAUGGGCGGGGCAGUGUGUGUGGGGCACUGUAUGUGUCUGUGAGGCAAUGUGUGUAUGGGGGCAGUGUGUGUGUGGGGCAAUGUUUGUAUGCCCCGUUGCCCCCUCCCCCCCGGAUCCACCACUGCAAGGAGCACAACAUGACGAUACUUGAACAACAAUUAACUGCAUGGGCGAGUUGCCAGAAAGAAGCCUUUACUGCGCCAAUGGCACAUAAAAGCCCGGUUACAAUAUGCCCAACAAUACCUUGAAAUGCCAAGACCAAAAUAGAGCUUUAUGGUCACAACCAUAAGUGCUAUGUUUGGAGAGGCGUCAACAAGGCCAAUAGUGAAAUGAAUACCAUCCCCAAUGUGAAGCAUGGUGGUGGCUCACAGAUGUUUUGGGAAUGUGUGAGCUCUAAAGGCACAGGGAAUCUUGUGAAUAUCGAUGGCAAGAUGAAUGCAGAAUGUUAUCAGAAAAUACUGGCAGACAAUUUGCAUUUUUCUGCACGAAGGCUGAGAAUGGGACGGUCUCGGACUUUCCAGCAUGACAAUGACCCUAAGCACAAGGCCAAGUUGACCCUCCAGUGGUAACAGAAAAAUGUGAAGGUUCUGUAGUGGCCAUUACAGUCUCCUGACCUUAAUAUCAUUGAACCACUCUGGGGAGAUCUCAAUUGUGUGGUUCAUGCAAGACGACCAAAGACUUUGCAUGACCUGGAAGUAUUUUGCCAAGACCAAUGGGCAGCUAUACCAAAUGCAAGAAUUAGGGGCCUCAUAGACAACUAUUACAAAAGACUGCACAUUGUCAUUGAUGCUAAAGGGUGCAAUACACAGUAUUACGAACUAAGGGUAUGCAGACAAACAGGGGUAAUUUCCUUUUUUGUGUUUGUUUCCAUGUUUUGUUUUAUGAUUGUGCCAUUCUGUUAUAACCUACAGUUGAAUAUGAAUCACAUAAGAAAUAAAAGAAAUGUGUUUUGCCUACUCACUCAUGUUUUCUUUAAAAAUGGUACAUGUAUCACCAAUUUUCCAAGGAUAUACAAAUAUUUAUAGCACAAACGUACAUAUUUUUAGUUUUAAUUAUGUUGUUUAAAAAAAUAUUGACCACGGUAGAUAAUACCCACCCACAUCCUCCAUCAUGUUACCUAAGUACCAUUAUCAGAUAUGCCUUCUGAUAUAACUUUUACAUAUUUUAAAGUGUAGUUGCUCACCUUUAUAUCGCUGAUGAUCUUGAGCUUCAAGACUAAAUGCCAUCCAUCUGAAAGCCAUGGUUUACACCAAAGCUAGUAGUAGUAAUGAGUAAGUGGAAAGGUUGCCACUUUGUCGAAUUUGGUUCUGCCAGUAUAAAAUGUUAGGCCUAAUGAUGAACAUCCUAUUAAAUUUCACAGCAAUCUUAAUUUAGAAGUGUGGCGGAACCCGCCUCGCCACUGGACCUUGGAGAGGCCUGGCUGCCCGCCUCCUACCUGCUGACUAUGGCCCCUGGUAAAUUUGUACUUUUAAUGCAAUAUUUGGGCAUGUGAUAUUUUAUAUUGCUGCUACUGGCACUUUAAGGGCCAUCCGGGGACAUAUUAUGACUUUUAGGAACAAUACCCCUUUAAGACUUGGUAGCAGAUUACAGUAAGGAUGUAUUUUAUAUUAUGUAUGUUUCUGUGUGUUCGGCUAAAUUGUAUAUGUGUAUGCAGCAUUCCCCUGAUUGUUCGGUAGAAUCACUCCAUUCAUUAUAUUGAGUGAAACAACCGAACAACAAUGUUGCAAACGGGUAAUUGGCAAUCGAUGUAAUGUGUGGUUUUGUCCUCUGGGUGGCCGCCAUUCGGGAAACGAACACGUGGCAGAGGCCAUCUUAAACUCCCGAACAGCGGUGUUUUGCAGUCGAGUGUCUGGAACUAAAAUCGGACACUCGACUAGGCAAACACCGCUGAGACCUCCAGACUUCCAUGAAUUCGUGUGGAAACUACCGAAUGACCCGCCGUUCAGUAGAAAGAACCCCACGAACAAGGGAAUUCGUUUAAACCCUCCCCAGGCUCUAUAACCCAGGCAAUUCGUGUGUUUUCAUUCCCUUUUCUGUGACCGACUGCAGGGCCAAAAUACAUGGCACUAUUAUCAGAUACUUUUGCCAUGCAGUCGGUCAAAACUUUAACCCUCCAUAAUUCCCGAACCCCUGGUUCGAUCUGGGUGAUUUUUGGAUAUGUGUCUCACCCAUAUCAGGGCUACCAGGGGAUGUAACAUUUAAAGGGGUAACCCUAUGUUUAGGGGUACAUCCAGUAACCCAGGGAAUUUGUGUCUGUACUAAUGGGAUUAUGUGUCACACUAAGGGGAGGAGAUGUGUGGAAGGUAACUGGUACAUUAUUGGCUUGGGUACUAAUUGUUUUGGAUCCCUCCCUUGCAUGGGAGAAUGUCUUAAAAGGAGGUUGUGUGAAUAAAUCUAGAGUUCCUGCUUAACCCUCAAAGUGAAGUGUCGUCUCAUUAUUGGGGAAGGAUUUAUUGUAUGCUGUUCCAGUUUGACUGCUAGGAGUCUAAACCCAUCCGUAUGGUUUUUGCCUAUUCAGCUGUUUAUAGCAUUCAUAGGCUUGAGAGAAGGUAUACGCUUCUCCGGUUCGGUGAUUGUGGUGUCUUCCAGAGUGCUUGGAGUCCUCAGGAAACGCUAGGAGCAUCCAUCAACGGAGGUACCCAGUUGGGGUGCCAGGUGAUCCGUUACAAGAAGCAUAAUAUCUGAACAGGUCACAAUGACAACGAGAAAGACUUUAUAAUUAUUAAAGGGAAAUUAAACCCAAAUGUAAUGCUUAAAGGGGCACUAUAGUCACUGGAAUCACUACAGCUUAAUGUGGUUGGUUUGGUGUCUAUAGCAUGUCCUUGCAGGAUUUUCAAUGUAAAUGCUGCCUUUUCAUAGAAAAAGCAAUGUUUACAUUAUUGCCUAGUAACACCUUGUGUGAAUGUCACUCAGACAGCCACUAGAAGUUCUUCCUAUUCAGGAUUUCAAGAUCAGUUCCUCUGCAGGGAUAUGCUGGACACUCUCCAUAGAGAUGCAGUGAUUCACUGCAUCUCUAUGAAGAGAUGCUAAAUGGUGCGGUGUGGCAUUUUGCUAUUAUUAUUAUUUAUAUAGCGCUAUCAGAUUCCGUAGCGCUGUACUAUGGGAUGUACAUGCAUGUACAAUAGCCUUCCAAUGCUUUCCUAUAGAAAAGCAUUGGAUUGGCUGAGAUCAUCAAUGUUGAUGAACUAAGCCAUGGCAGGUCAGACUCCACAGAGUUGUUUGUAGUUUUCACAGGCUCUUAUAAAAGAAUAAUUAUAUUAAUUAAGGUGAGAAUAUUUACACAUUAUUUUCUUGAAAUACAGGAAUGCUUCAUAAUGAUAUGAGAAGUGUAAAUAAUCAUUAAAACGAAAGUAAGAUUAAUACAUAAAUGGUAAACAUGGCAAUUCUAUGUAAGAGGCAGUUAGAAAUAAAAAUAAAAAUGCACUUACCAUAAGUUUUGAUGAAUGAGAACUGAAUGUUUAUAGAUACACAGAGUUAUUCACUAAAGUGAGGAGAAUUCAAAGUGAAUUUAAAAUGUAAGGUCAGAGUAGCUGAACUGGAAACCUUUUCUUAGUAUGCUAUUCUUUCAGUUUGGCUCCUCUAGCCUUAAAUUUCAAAUGCACUUUGAAUUCUCACUUUAGUAAAUGACCCUGAGAGUAGUAAUCCAGUAAAGGGGUCUCCUUUAUUUUAAAACUAGUUGGUUAAAAUCUAUAUGCUAGGUAUUGCUAUAAUUUUUUUGGGAUUUGGCCAUAUUGAAACACUGGAUUUAUGUCAAUAUUUCUUGCUUGUAUUUUUAUACGAUAAAAUGGUGCAUUUAGGUGUGUGGCAUUUCAAUGAAUUUUAGAAUAUUAUUAUUUAUUAUGCGUAGUAGGACUGGAGAGGGAAAAAGGUAGACUGAAAAAAAUCACUGAACAAUUUUAAAUUAGUCAGUAGGCAGCCUAAUCUUAUUGAGAUCACCCUUUCUAAAAAUAGGAUAGAUUAACACAAGCUGAGAAUGGUGUGAAAUUCUGGAGAGAGCUAGAAAACUCACAUGGAUGUGUCUUGAGAAAGAAGCUCAUUAUUUAAACCUGAUGUUCUGGGCAUAUGUGAAAAGAAUAUGAGAAAUACACUGCAUAAAAAUGAAUACAACAACACAAUUUUCCCAUUUAGUUUAAUUUUUAUAUGUGUGAAAGAAUAGCAUAACCAGGGAAUGUAAAUUAUUUGGUCAAUAAACACUGCAUAUCUUGCACAUGUGUAUCUCUCUCUGAAAUAAAGGGUAGAUCAUGAGACCGUGCAGCAAUGGAGAAUACAUGAAUUAUUCAUAAACCAGACUAUACAUAGGACACAAGGUCAUGCAUUUAGACUGGAAGAAAGAAGAUUUAGUCUAGGGCAGCGGUUCUCAAACUGUGUGCGCGACGUGCACACAGGGGUGCCGCUAAAUAUUUCCCCGGUGCUGUCAUUAUAGCACUGGUGGAAACAUCCAGCUAAAUAGGGACCCAGUCGAGUGCCGCAGUCCUUUAAAACUGUGACCGAACCCCUGUAAAGUCGGCCGGCUGGGAGGAAGUGACAGGGAGGGAGGCAGUGCGGGAGGGAGAGAAGGCAGCCACAACGUGAGGGGAGAGAGGAGCAUGAAGAGCUUCAGAUCUCUCACUCCCACAGCAGCAGGACUCCAAGCCACCUUCCUGGCACAUAAGGUAAGCUAACAGGAGGGUGGCUGGAGAUAUAUAUAUAUAUAUAUAUAUAUAUAUAUAAAAAAAUCACUUGUAUGAGUGUAUGUGUAUGAGUGUGUAUGUGUAUGAGUGUGAAUGAGUAUGGGUGUGUGAGUCAGGGUGUUUAUGAGUGUGUGUAUGUCAGGGUGUGCAUAUGUGUGUGUGUGUAUAUAUGUCAGUGUGCUCCUGUGUCUGUGCACACAUCUGUGUAUGUGCAUCUGUGUGUCAGGGUGUGUGUAUCUGUGUCAUGGUGUGGGCAUGUAUCAAUGUUUGUGUGUAUCAGGGUGCAUGUGUAUAUUUGGCGGUGUGUAUCUAUAUGUGUGUAUGUGUCUCUAUGAAUUUGUGUGUGUGUCGGUGUAUUUAAAUGCACCUGUGUGUUAAUGUGCAUGAAUAUCUGUGUAAGCAUGUAUGAAUGUAUGUAUGUAUGUGGUAGUGUAUGUGCAUACAUUCAAGCAGUCUAACACCAGCACAACUUACAAGCACACUCCUGCAAUCUAACACAAAUAUUACAUACAAACACACCCCUGUAUAAAAACUCAAAAAAAUAUACAAACACACCCUUCCACACAAAUGUACAUCCAUAUUUAAAAGGGAACAUUACAUUCAGACACAUCCCUGCAAUCAAACACAAACAUUACAUACAAACACACCUGUAUUAAAACACAAUAAAUGUAUACAGGCAUCCCUUCAAACACUAACACUGCACAUUACACUAUACGGCCAUUAAAUGACGAAGUGCUGUACAGAUAUACAACCUAGAAAUUUUGACUUGGGGUACCUUGGAAAAAUACUAAAAUAUUAAGGGUGCCAUGAUCCUAAAAAGUUUGGGAACCACUGGUCUAGGGCAAAGGAAAUUAUUUGUUUACAGUAAGAACAAGGAUGUGGAAUUCUCUGCUUGAAGAGUUGGUUAUAUCAGAGUCUAUACAGAUGUUUAAACAGAAACUGGAUUAAAUACUUGCAAAAACAUAUUAUACAGGGAUAUAAUUUUUAAUUAGUGUGAUAAUAGCUUUUUGAUCCAAGGAGGUUCAAACUGUGUUUUGUGCCUUCUUUUAGAUCAACAGCAAAAAUAAAUGUGAAAAGGGCUGAACUUGAUGGACGAAUCCCUUAUUAGCUAUGCAACUAUGUAACGUAAUUGACACUGAUCUUGGGUAGGCUAGUAACUAGUAAGCCAAGGAACAGUGGCAAGUGCGACAAAACACCUCUACAUGCAGAUGUAGCCACUACAGGUAUCAAAACAAGGAAAACGCUCUGGUCACCAUAACAACAUCAAAAUUACGUUGUUAUGAUUCCAGGAAGCCACGUUAAGGGAGUUAAAUUUUUCUUGAAUGGUUUAACUCUAAAGGCUGCCUCCAAAGCUAAAUCUCCAGGUCGCCCAGGGGAAUCCAGCUUUUGAAAUAGUGGUUCAGCUGAUGCUCUAAGCCAAUCAGCAGCUCCUCAUUCACAAUAAAGGGUAUGUGUGGUGAAUUUAUUGUGUUUCUGCUAAAAAUAAGUUACAUGGAGAGAACUGCAGUAUAAUGAGCACACCAAAAAAUGUUACACAUAAAUAUUAUCAUUUAUUUACAUGGAUUAUUAGUUACUGAUCAUUAACUUCAUUAUUCUUUAACUGUAAAAAUUAAUGCAAAGUUAAUAUGUUAAGAGCAGUGUUUUGGUGCGUACCUUUCUUAGUGUUUUUUUUGUUUAAUUUACAGGUCCUUCAGAAAUUAGGAAAAGCAGAUGAAACAAAAGAUGAACAAUUUGAGGAAUACGUGCAGAAUUUCAAAAGACAGGAAGUAAGUGUGUGUUUAUGUCUUUCAUAUAUAUUCACAUUUUGUUGGGUUGUCUGA